AGUGUGAAAGUGAGCUUCGUUUCCCAUUUGAACGCGCCGACUGCCUUCAACGCCACCACCAGCAGCAGCAGCAGCAGCAGCAUCCCUGCACACCCUCCUCAUCAAUAUGCGCUUCAGCUCCUGAAUGUAUGAGCCUCUUGCACAGCCAGAGACGGCAAAGAAAAGCGGAGAGCCAGUAUUCAUGCCGCGAAGACGAUGUCAGGCAAUGUUUCAUAUCUGACCCCAUCCAAACCAAACUACUGACUCCCUCCCCUCGACUUUCUUCCUUUUGGGCAAUCAAUGGAUUUACUCUGAUUUGUGGAGAGCGUCCGGAACCAUCUCGACUGUCAAUUGGGGGGCUCUUUGCUGCUGUUGCUGUUGUAAACACGGUUAAGACAACAGAGAAAAGGGUGAUGUUGCCUUUGCACAGGGUACGCCAAUUCCGCGUCUUCUCCGCACUAGUUGUCGGUUCGAUUGUGUGUUGCGCGAAAAGGUGAGUGGCUCCUGCUAUCCAGUCAAGUCAAGGUUAUUGGGUUGAUUGAUACAUGAGUCAAGGUGAUGUUUUGCUCUGAUUUUCUUUAAUCAUUCCAGCGUCAAUGAACCAGGCAACAUGUCUUUCGUAAAGGAGACGGUGGAUAAACUACUGAAGGGAUAUGAUAUCCGACUGAGGCCGGACUUUGGAGGUAGGUGCCUUAUUUACCCACAUUAUUCCACUUCACGCCGCAGGCAGGCAGCUUUAUUUUUGGCGCCAUUUACAGUGUUGUGGUCAGGUGUAGAGGUGUAGGCCUAUAUAUACAUAAUAUGCUGUUAACCUCUUCCAGGGGCCCCUGUUGCAGUCGGGAUGAGCAUAGACGUGGCGAGCAUAGACAUGGUGUCAGAAGUCAACAUGGUAAGUAAAUCCACAUCUCAUAGCCCCCCCUCUCUGUUUACUCGACCUCAUAAUGCAUGCAGCCUUUCCCCCCUUGCUUCUGUGCAUUGGCACACACACAACGUGAUUUUCUGGCUUUCUUGCUGUAGUAGGAAGUGCUGAUGCAAAUCCAGUUUUUCCCUCACAGGCCAUUAUGUGAUGCCGAGAUGGAUGGGCUGGGUUUCCUGUAAGCAAUAAAACAUCUUUAUCUUGCGCGCCGCCAAUGCAUUGUUACCUUACAUACACAGAACACUCAGCCUGGGUGUAAAAAAUAAACAGAGUACAGCUUCAUCUCUAUGCUGAUCCGUAGUCAUCGGCAUCAGAGACUAAAGCAGCAGCAGAGGGUUUACAUCCAAUAUUUGCAACGUAGUGUUUAUCCUCACUUUUGCUUUAAAUCCGUGUGCUCUGAUUGUUAACCUCUCCAGCCACAGUUAACAGUGUUUCUGCAGUAUCCUCCCAGGAGGCCCUCUUAGCAGACAGCUAUCAGGGAACUCUGAUUGGAUUUUCUAAUUCUUGAGCUGGAUGCUGCUAUCCCCGUGUUGACACGUGUCCCCACAUGCAGGGAAACUUGAGGCGUUACUGUAUCUUAAAAUAUCAGACGAGAAUGACCCAAAUUACAGCCCGAACCAGCCUACCCGUCUUGCCCCAAAGACCACCGAAAAGGAUCAUGUUCCGACUCUAUCAUGAAGCUUUAAUCUUGUUUAGGUGGAAAUUGUAAUUAGUUUGGAUCCGAGCACUUGAAAUCCACAAGUCUCAGAUCAACACAUCUCACAGUUGCAGACACAGUUGCUAAAGCAUCGAGGCCAUUAGGAGUCAAAUCCAGGUCAUUCAGGAAUGCAGGAGUUUGCGCUACAUCAACCCAAGCAUCGUCGCAGUGAAGAAAGUGUCAUUUCCCACCCAUAACGUUGGCUUUUUAUCGACCAGAUCCAGCACAGUAGAAAAGGGCAGAUUUUUACCGCACCACACCGGUGAAUGAUCACCUUUCUUCUGGUGGGAGGUGUGGGCGCAUGUGUGGGUGGGCGCCAAUCAAUAGUAAUGACUCAAUCAUUUCUUCUCCAGGUGACUCUUGGCUAUUUUUCCCAGCCUGUGUUAGAGUUUAAAGGAGUAUUGCUUGUCCUUUGGCAUUUCACAAUCAAGGAAAAGCAACAGUUUUGAAAUCGGCACCUUUUAUUAUCGUAUGUGAUUUCAAGAGAGGGCACGCAAGAUCCUUUCUCCUGAUUUUCGUGUGACCGGAUCUCUCCUCCUGAGGUUGAAGCUCCAGCUUGUUUUUCAUGAGUUAUUGAUCAGUUUUUCCACAGUUAAUACUACAGAUCAUCCAGUAUUGGAUCUUUAGAAGUGGAUCAGUCUCUCUUACUGAACUCCAAGUUACUCCAUCAGGCUGGGUCUGGGUAGCAAAACAUUUGAAGUGUGAAUGUGUGGGAAUAAAUUAGGGUGGAUCCCGAUGAGCAGGUUGGCACUUCGCACGCCAGCCUUGCAAGGUGCCAAAUAUGUGUGAAUUUGUGGGUGAAUAAGAUGACAGGCGGCUAAGGCAAGUGCAGCCUAUGCAUGAACCAUUUGUGUAUUGCUUGUUUUUCGUGCAUCAUCGUCUGAUAUGUCAAGGUGAGCAUUAGUAACACCUUUGCUUCGAUUCCAUAUCAAGUUCCUUGUGGCGCAACUCAACAAUCUCUGGCAAAACAGGAAAGUCACAUUUAAGCGUGUCUACCUGACAGUGUUUGGCAUAUUUCCCAAUCAAACCUUGCGUCAGAUCCGAGGCUCCAAGCUUUGUUUGCCAACAAAUCAGCUGCGAACAUUAACUUGUCGACAACAAGGCCAUUCUCCAAAGAGAACAUGAAGGCAGAUAAUCAACCGGGGAAUCAGACAGCUGAGAUCACACUUAAACUGAUAAUUAAUGAGAUCCUGUUCUGAUUGCUACCACUGCACAUGUGCCUCUUCUUGUUAGACAGACAAGUCCUGGCUAUUAUCCAGCGCCCAAGCCAAAACAAGACCGGUCAAGCUGUUUGUUAUUUUCACACCCGCGUUUGACAUUUGGUGGAUGCUUUUAUCCAAUGCUGGGACCGUCUGAAGUUGAAGCACGGGAGAGUUUCUCUUAUGGGAAAUGGAUAAUCAGCGCUUUUGUCCAUGCUGUACCCAAUGCUUUAUUCGAUGUGCUACACUAAACAGCAAAGCUGCUCUGUUUGUAAAAAUAUUCCAUUUCAAGUUGCGAGGCUUGAUCCUGUAUGAAUUUGAAUUUUUAAUCCAAAUUCAGCCACUAAAUCCACUUCAUCAGCCCAGUGGGAUGACCCACAGGCAUAACGAGGGAACAAGUUUUAGAAGUUGAGUGUUUAUAGAGACACAGAUACUGCUUGCUUUGCUGAAAUGAGACCGGGAUCCAACUCAGCAUGUUUCUACAAGGAGCACAGCUUUGUUGCAAAACAAUGAUGGAAUUUUUCAGGCUUGAAGUGACGUUUUCUUUCAGGAUGAGGAAAAAAAUGCCUGUUUAAUGCAGUUUGUGGGAAAACCAAAGCAGAACUGAAGCAUCUCCUCAUUGAAGUAUCAUGUUCAGAGGGUAAUCAUGUGGACUAAUCUUAAGGUCAAAGAACAGCAGAGGUUAACAGGGUUGUGGAUAAAUCAGUGCACAGGGCUAAGGUUAGGCAUCAAAUUGGAGGUUAGAGCUGAAAUGAAGAGGUAGCAAAAUGAGUGUAGAUCAAUGGAGUGUUUUUGCACAAUAACAAAGUGGCAUGAGUGCACACAUGCAAGACUCAUAUGGGAUCGCACAGCCUCUGAUUGGUCAGCAGACCAUAGGAUAGUCAACUUACAGCAGAAAUCACAAACAUCCAAAUCCAAAAUCUGAUUUCGAAGAUCAAAUGUGUCACUCAAACUACUCUCAAAACACCUUUAGUGGUUUAGUUUAGUGACUUCUCAAUUUAGUUCGAUCUGACCAGGCUGCGUAUGCCACAAUAGCCAAGUCCUUUGAAGGUUGCAGCCAUAGACUCUAUCUACUAUAGACAACUUGGUUCCGCCUUUCGCCAGUAUACAGAUUUGAAGCCAAAAAGCUCUCGGUAAUUCAGCGUUUUUUUUUCUCCACUUCCUGAAACCAACAUUGCAUAGUAGUAUUGUACUAAUUUGGCAGGAGAGUCGCCGAGAAUCGCUGUGAUGACGCUCGGCUCAAAUCUUCGUACGCCCAUAGGCUGUAUCAAGUGUCAAUCAUAGAAAACAUGAACCCCUUAAUAACUUUUAAAAACAGAGCUGUACAGAAAAAAAAGGACUUGAGCACAAACCAGUCUUAUCAUAACUACAUGUCAACAUCGCAAACAGGGGGGAGAAAAAUUUAUAUUCUGUGUAAUAAAUUCCUAAAGUUUGUCCACAGCUCCAUAGGGAUUGCUGGCGGAGGCAGGAUUUAUAACCUAUACUGCAGCCAGUCUGUUCUUGCGGUGACUUCACCCAGCGAGGAGGCAGACAGCGUCCAUUCUAUAUACAGCCUAUGGUUGCAGCCCCUGGAUUUUAGGGGUGGGAGAAAAAAUCGAUUCACAUAAAUAUUGCGAUUUUUUGCUUUUUAAUUUAUAAAUCCAGUUUUUAUGUUCGAAAACAGAUUUUUUUUUUAAAAUUCAUUACAUGAAUUUAAAAUUCCUUACAUGUUAUGUGUAUUUUUGGGGAAAUAAGAUUCCUAGAAUAGUCAGAAGACAAUCAUAAUCAUUCAACUGUUUCACUGGUGUUAAAAAUGCAGACUAAAAAUUGAGAAAAUCUACAAUAUCGUAGAGUUGCAGUUUAAACUGAAUCCAAAAAAUCAUAGAAGAAACUAAUUGGGAGAAAAGCAAAUCAUCCCAGCCCUACUGGAUUUAGGAGGCCAGUAUGUAGUACUGCUCUGUUUUUAGAGCUGAUAAUGGAGGCACAACAGUAUUUAGUUGUGUACGGCAGCAUUUUUCCUUUGACACAUGAUGUCAAAGCUGAAACCAGUUCUGAUCUUGAACUAGUUUCAGCCCUGUUACCAUGUUGCACACCAGCGAGGUGUUACUUACAGAUAAAUGUGUUACGAAGAAAUUGGUCCUCUGACAGUUGCAAGAGUGCAGAAAAUGGGUAUGUGUUGCUGGGCAACAGUCCAACAGUACCAUAUAUUGUACAUACUUUGGCUCCAUCCUAGUUUUAGAUGCGCGGCGUGAGUCCAUCAACUAAAACUGGAGCAGGGAUCUGUGCAGACCUUAGACCAUCAGACGUGGGACAUAUAUGAGGGCUGAAAACCAUGAGAUCUAAUGAUUUAUUGAGUCACUAAGCGAAACAGAAAAGAGCAGAGGGGAUCGAAGACGUUAGACUUUGACAGAAAGGUAAGGGAUGAAAGCGGGUAGGUAUCUGAUCGAAAACGCGACGCCAGCCCGCUUGACAGUAAGCGAAUGUAGCAUCUGGCUCGCCCGAGAAUCCACCUGGCAGGGCAGGUUGUCCAAGUCAGUUACUCCGACGCCUUCGCAGCGAGCGAGCUCCCCGCACUAGCAGAUGCUGGAGCGUCUGAGAAGGCGCACUAAUUACCUCGGAGGUUUGUUUGUGGUGUGCCGGGGGCUUUCACUGAUGAGAAACACAUACAAGGACAAGAUCAGAGCAAGGCGAGAUAGAUUAUGUGAGUUCUGAGGGUGAGCUGACUUGGAAACUAGUCGAAACAUUUAAGUAUAGAUGUGUUUAAAAAGAGAUGUGACAGUUUGCAGUCUCAAAUCCCUUUUGAAAAGUUCACAGCUCAUUAAUGAAGUUUACGACCAGCAUGGAGGCAUUAUGUGUAGGUGUGCUCUCCUCUCGCUGCGACCGACUAAGAAGCUUGAUUCUCUGUUACAGUAAGAGCCAUCAAGGCCUUUAUGCCGGCCCAUUAUCCGUGCUUCAUGAAAGUCAUCAUCAUUUUGGGAAAUUAAAUUAGUGCACAAUGAAGCUAGCUCUGCUCACACUGGGAAAUGGUCAGAGUUUUUUAACUGCGAAUGUAGUUGCAGUAACAGACUGAGCAAACUAGUCAUCCAUACGCCCACGACUGUGCGUGGGUGUCAAAGAGAAAAAAAUCUGUCAUUAUGUAGAGGUGAAAAGAUCUCUCUUUCUCCAAAUGUUCCUGCUGCUGCUGCCGGGUUUGUUUUUUCGGACUUCUUCUGCAGAAACUAAACUUGUGCACCAGUAACACAAUAACAAGCUGCGUGUGUAUCUUCACUGUCGUUGUUUCAUAUUGUGUGCCGGUGUCUACAUGUCCCCCCGAGUGACCUUAUUUGGUCCUCAGGUUAAUUAAGUUUCAAUCACAAAUCCUACUCUGACCCUGGCUGUGCCUCGAUCGCCAAGGUAACCACACGUGUGCAUAAAUUAAACCAUCAGAUGUUGCCUGGGCAGGCGCUAUGUCACCCUAAUUAUCUUAUAUAGGUCUUCUAACUAUGCAAAAAAGAGCAUAUCUUCUCUGUGUGCUCUGAGUGUGGCUUAAUAUACCCCCAUGUCUUUUAUCCAGCAUCCGGCUUCCUUCCUGAUGGAAUGUAAUUGGCCUCAGGAGAGAGCACGCUGUAGGAUGAAAUGAUUAUCACUAAGAUUUAGAAUAAGCAGAGCAGGCACUUCCUGGUUCGCAGUGCCAACCCGUGCAUGAUAUGAGGAGGCAUUGUCUGUUCUUUACAGUCUGAUUCUACAGCCCUGUCAUGAUAAUAGCCGCGCUCUGGGCUGCAUACACCUUUAAGAUGCGGCACGUAUUGGCCUGGGGAUUCUAAAAUUGACAGACGACGACCUCAUUUCCUUUAUCCGUGCCACUUAAGCAGCUGUUAUGAUGUGGCAAAUAAAGAGGGGCAGGCGAACUACGAGCUGGAGUUACGACAGGGGUAAUUGGAAGGAUCAUCAAUCAACAACCUGAUCCCAGAGUAAUGGUCACAAGCAAUAGAGUGGCUAUAAAAACUCAAGGACUCGCAUUAAAGCUACUAUAGGGAGUUUUUGAGUGUUGACGUUAUGAACUGAAAUUUAUAUGGAUGCCUUUUUAUAAAGCCCAAAAGCAAAUGAGAGCAUCAGCUGCAAAAUUAAUGACAUAACUAUGUAAUUUUUAACGUCUAAAAAGGGUGUGCAUGUAAGGUGAAGAAAGUUCGUAAAUUAGCUUAAAGCUCCUGUGAGGAACUUUUCAGUUUGUCUUUGAAUAUCUAUCCUUCAAGUACCUAAGUUGUUUUCUAAUGAAUAAUCACGUCCCACUGACUUUUGACAGUCAAAUCGAUCAUUUAUUAAGAAUAUUCAAUGCGUAAAAUGUAAAAAUAAGUUUCUUUUUUAAGCAGGUUAGCUGACAUCAAUCAACAGCCUGUUUCCACAGUAAUGGUUUCAGGCAAAAGAGCGGCUAUAAAAACUCAAGGACUUGCAUUAAAGCUACUAUAGGGAGUUUUUUAGUGUUUCCGUUAUAGACUGAAAUUUAUAUACGGAUGCCUUUUUAUAAAUCCCAAAAGCAAAAAAGAGCAUCAUGAAUGACAUAUACCUGUAAUUUUUAAUGCCUGAAAAUGGUGUGCAUGUGUGGUGAAGAAAGUUUGUAAGGUAGCUUAAAGCUCCUGUAAGUAACUUUUCAGUUUGGUAGAGUCUUUGCUUAUCUGUCCUUUACACGCCUAAGAAGUGUCUUCUGAUGAAAAAUCUCAUCUUGCUGACGUUUAACAGUCAAAUUGAUUCAGAUUCAGACAACUUUAUUAAUCCCCGAACGGCAAUUCACUUCACAAUAAACCCUGCCUUGUUGUUAAACGAUCACUGAACGGACAAAUGCCAGACAUUCACAGCAGCAUAUGGCCCAAACAUUUCCCUGUCAGCACCACAAAUCAGCGAUACAUAAAUAACUAGAUAAUAAAUACAUGUGCAAUACGAUCAACAGUGGAAUGACUGAAAUGCAACAAGAAAUAAUGUGAUAAAAGGAGUAAAAUAAGAACUGAAACAAUUCUGAGACCCCAAUUUCAACACCCCAAAAUCCAACACUGGCCACCAAUCAGCUACUUCUCUGCAUUAAGCAGCCUGAUCACUGAGGGGAUAAAUGAGUUUGAGUACCUAUUUGUUUUUUUGGGGGGAGCAUAGUAGUGCCCCUCCAGAGGGCAUGAGAGAAAAGUCUGAGAAUUUAUCGGCGAGACGAUCUAAUCGGCUACUUUUAGCCCGUUUGAGACUAAUCGGUCAUCGGCCAAAACUCGCCGAUAUUUUCAGAAAUAAAAUACGGAGAAUAUGAUUCGGUUUCACUUCGAAAAUGUUCCGCCAUUUGAAAAGUUCCCCGACUUAUCCUGUAGAUGGCGCAGCGACCUCAUGACAAUCUUCAUCCACUAACUACCUCACAGCACAGCAGAGUGACGGAUCUAAAGCAGACAGCUCAGGGACGCACGGAGAAGAGUGGUCCGCCUCAACGGUAAAUAAACCAGUUUGUGAAAUACACAAUAAGUCAACAAGUUUCAGUUCAACCCACUUCACGAUGUUCCCCGCUGUGCUGGUCUCGGUCACGCCGAGUUAACGGUGAAGCACCAUGUAAUAUGCAAGCUAAAGUUAGAGUUAGCCAUCUGCUAUUAGCCUUGCUACACUGUUAGCCGUGCCAGUAACGGCAGAAUAAACAACAGUACACAUUACAUGAUCGAGCUACUUCUCUUACUGAGGCAGCUGCAUGUCUCCAGAUGAGACCGGACCAGAAAUAAGUAAUGUGAGUUAAGACGCGGAGGCAUCGAUCACAGUUUUUUCGGUGUCUUUUCUGGUCCGAGUUUGAUCAGUCGGACCACUUGUUUCUCCCAGAGAGAGCUCAGGUCCAUCAGCUGUACCCCGGUGAUUUUGGAGCAGACUUUUACGAUCUGGUUCAGGCUGUUCCUGUCUUUUUUACCGAUAAUCCAUGAAACCAGCAGAUAAAAGAGAACGUUAAAAGACUUUCAAUAAAAGAAUGAUAAAAACAAGACAAGAUGCCCUCAGAAACACUAAAAGAUCUCAGUUUCCGCAACAAGUGAAUCCUUUGUUGACCUUUUUUAACUAUUGUCUCUGUGUUCUGAACAAACUUCAGGCCAGAGUCAAACAUCGUUCCAAGAUACUUGUAAGAGUCAAUAAUCUGUACAUCUUCCCCAUGGAUGAUGCUAGCCUCAGGUAAAGGCCCACGGUCAGUCUGUCUGAAGUCGAUUAUUAUUUCCUUGAAAUUGAUCAUUUAUUAAGAAUAUUCAAUGUAAUAAAUGAAAAAUAGGGCUCUUCCUCCUCGCAGUUUCAGGCAUAAAAAUGACCAUAUCUUGUCGCUGAUGGUUUUGAUUGCUUUUGUUUUGCUUAAAAAGGCAUCAACAUGAAUUUCAGUCUGUUUUAUAAACAUCGGGAAACUCCCCACAAGAGGACAAGAUAAAAACAGCGGUCACCAAAAUCGACCCAAACCAAAAGUUUCCUACAGGAGCUUUAAAUAAUUGGACACCUUGGAGAGGACUUAAUGGUUUCAGUCAGAGUUACAUAUGGUAAAGGAGGAAGCGACAAUACUCUCUAAGGUCAUAUAUUUUAUUUGUGAUGAAAAAAACAACACACUGAGUAAAAUAUAGGCUUGUUUGGAGGAUGUGCUGUGAAAAUCAGGCGUGUUGGAGAUGCAUUUUGUACAAACAUGAGUACUGAUACAUUUCCUUCUGCGUUCAAGCCUGAAUUUAAUCCCAGAUGCUGUCUUAAUCCAGAGUAAAACAACAAGGGUUUCCAGUACAUGUUUGACUUGUAACUGUCAACAUGUCCCUGUAACUAUGGAAACAAAUACACCCAACAAAUGCUCAGUGUUUCUCAUUCAAGUGGGGGGACUGUGGCUCACGAGUAUGGAGCAGUUUCUUAAAGGGAGCCUGUAAUCAAACCGAGCUGAUCCAGCCUCAUUGGUGGAGAAAGGUUCAGGGUUUGAUCCCAAGACUUUAACGCUCAUUUAUGCUGUAUGUUAGAUAGGCAUGAAGUACAAAAGUACAAACUCACACGACAAUAAUCUCUGUGCAUCCGUUUGUAGAUGAAUAUCACGAGGGAGUACGAAAUGUCCAAAGUGAGACGUCAAGCUGGUCGAGCAGCUGUUCGACAUUCCUGGGGGACUUUUUUCUCCCGAACCUCGGACAGUCCUGUAAUUUCCAGAGUCUAUAUAAUACACUGGGAGUCUAAUAAAUUCCCAGUGUAGUAUUGAUUUUCCUCAGAAAUACUGGUCUACUUCUGGUCUCUGUGGAUCUGCAGCCAUUGGUUUAAAGACAGAAUGGAUGUGAUUUUAAGGCGCUAGCAGGGGUAGAUGAUGAGAAGAGUUUGACAUGGAGGUGUCUUCAAGGUUUAUUUUUGGCAAAAGUUUGCAGAUAACUCGUAAAAUAAGUUCUCCUCUAUAAUGAGGGGAAUAACAGGGUUUCUAUUUCUUCUGAUGUACAGUAUGCUGUUUUACAGGCAACAUUAUGCCUUACAUGUAUCCCACAUCGGCAGAUGUAGUGUAUCUGGACCAGUUGAGCCUGAAAACGUUGUUUUAUCUCAUGAAGUGUGUCACAGACACCUCUGGGACAACCUCCUGACAGAAAGUCUAGCACGUUUGAUUUUUCUCUCUGCCUUCUACAACUUGAUCCGCCUUGAUCUGUCUUGAUCGCUCUGCAGAAGCGAAAAGGAAACUACAGAGUUAGUGCUGCAGGAUGGAUCUAUGAGGACGUUUGACAUGCCUGUCUUUAUGAGGCUUUAAAGCUCCAGUAAGGGAUUUUUUUAUUAUGUAAUAAAGGGAAAUUGCUUUUUUAUGAUAUCCAAAAGCAAAUGAGACCAUCAGGGAUAAGACUGAUGAUUUUCAAUGUAAUGUUCACGACAAAUGAUAACUUAAAAGUCAGAGUGAGAAGAUUUUCUGUCACAGGAGCUUUAAGUUUACAAGUUCCUUUAUUUAUAUCUUUUUGCCUCUUUGUGCAUGUUUUAGAGCUCACAGUCUUUUUAUCUGAGGCCUUGGUUUGUUAUUCCUACUUGUAGCGGCAAUCUGUCUUACUCCCCGUUGCCACCACUAAUAGGCAGUUUUCUGAUUGACUUAUAAAAGGAUCUUCCCAGCCAGUAACUCUGUUCCAAAACUUUACCGAGAAUAGCACGAAUGAAAAAAACAAAGUUACAAGAUUCACUCCUGGUAUUUACUACUGUCAAAAAACCGUAUUGCUCCUAAGUAGGGUUGCAAAAUUCAGGGAAUUUUCAAAGUUGGAAACUUUCCAUGGGAAUUAACGGGAAUUAAUUUGAGCCCAAAGCACAAGACAUUUGAGCCCACGGACUAUAUAAAGUCAAGGAAGUUUUGAUAAUAUUAUGGGGUAAAUAUAUUUGAUCUAUGACAGUAUUAAUAUUUAAUUUGCAAACAUGAAAUAAAAAUAGGUGUUAAAUGUAAGCUAUUUUUCAUUUCAUUGACCAUUUAAGGGGCUAUCUUAUUAUGGUGGUGGUAGCGACCUCAAAUGUGAUGCUGUUACUUUAAUUUUACAAUAAUUUAAACAUCAAUUAUUCAUUAUUUUGAAGACCAUUCCAGUUGUUUAGCCAACUAUGUUUCUAUUCAUGCCACUGCAUUAGUGUUUUUACAAGCUUUUUUGUUUUUUUUAUUCUACAGAAAAAUGCCACGUUCGCCAUCGCUACUCAAAUAAAUAGAUAGAUAGAUAGAUAGAUAGAUAAAGAACUUUAUUAAUCCCCGAGGGGAAAUUCGGUUGUUGUAGUAGCCGAUACAAGCAAUACAAGAGAAAUACAAAAAAUAGAUAAAAUAUACAAGACUAUACAAGACUAUACAAGAUAAUGAAUGAAUAUGAGUACUUAAAUAGUAUGUACUAAGAUGAAUGAAUCUGUAAGUGUAGAUGUGCAAAGGAGAAAUGUGCAAAAGUGAUAAAAAUAUUGUAUGAUACUUAUAUGUGCUUAAUAUAACUUAAUUACAACCUAAGCAUGUGUACCCGUAUUUAUAACAACAAUGUAGGAAUGGCAGGCUAGUCCAUGUAAGUGACUGAAAAUCUGUUGACAUGUUUUUUAAUUGUAUUAUUUUUGCAUGGAUGUCUGCUUAUGUCAAAACAAAAAAAUUUACAUUUAUGUUUGGAUAUGAUACAGUUUGUUUAAAUUACCCCCAAUUUCCAGUUGAUUCACAUAAAUUUCCAAUAAUUCCCAUGGAAAGUUUCCAAUGUGGAAUAUUUCCUAAAUUCCCCAGCUUAACUUCCCAUGGAAAGUUUCUGGAAAUUUACCGGAAAUUUACCGCCCCUUUGCAACCCUACUCCUUAGGCUGUUUACCCCGGUCUGAGAGCCAAAAUGCCAUGACAUCAGCAGCAGCGCGCUUAAAGGGGCAGUUCAACAUUUUAAAAGAAAAAUUUCCGCACUCUCAAAUUAACCAAUGUCAAUAUGGCUCUUCAGGCGAAAACAUACAGGAUCCAUAUUUGGAGCCAAAGAUAUGCGGCAAGUCUAUUUUUGCUGCUCUACGCUUCCAUUGCGCGUCAAUCCACACAGAGAAGAUCAUUCAAGACAGGAAGUCAAGCAUGAAAAACGCACACGUCAUCCGAUAUUUCAAAAUAAAACACCAUAUGCGAACUCCUGACUGUGUAUCAGUUGGUGUGGAUGAGAAAUACUUCCUGGUUAUGGAUUUAUCAGCAACAGAAUAAUCAAAUGGUCAAUCCCUGAUCCAUGUGGACCCCAACAGGACUUUUAACUGCUAACUCUGUCUGAAGGUAACAGCACAGCAUAAAGGAACAUAAUUACUUUAUUAAACACGAGUAAACCUGCAAAAACUGAAACUGUAAAAUCACAUUCCACAUACAGUAGAGGCUCAACGGUCACUAGAUAAUAUCCAAAUUAGCAGGAAAUAAGCCACAGAAUAGCAAAACAACUUGCACCAUGCUGCUGUUAUGCUCCAAAUAGGCAUCCUGUAUGCGAUGCCCAAUGCAUCUCUACGGAGCAAAUAAGGAACGUGCUCAAGACGGAUCCUGUAUGUUUUCGGCUUUACACAACUGCUUGGAUUUGCCUUCUUUAUAAAAAACAAAAAGUUCACACACUCUUGGUAACAUUUAUCCAGGCCUCAAAGUCAUUCAAUGUUUGUGAAUAUGUCACACAAACCCUGUUUACGUACAACAAAUGUUCCAGAUGUGCGACAAACAUUAGGCAUGCAGCGCUAAUGACUCAUUCUACCCUUGUUAUGAGGCAAUACAUCAGGAAACAUGAGACAGCGAGGAUAUUAUCCUUCAAAUUGCAGGCCAACACUUCCAUUUGUAGGGGAAAACCCCAAUUCAAUCACCUCCCGGUGUGUCCUCUCAAUAAGGGACAGAGCUAUUUUUACCAUUCUAUAGCAGCAGGAGGGAACUCGCUGAGGGAUUCCCCCGCACUGCGGUGAUAUACUGCCUCAGGGAGGUCCCCAGGGAACGCUCCAAAUUACAUUGAAGAGACUCAGAUUGCUUGACUUGAACAGGAGGUUCAUUUCAAGUACACAGUGAUUACAUAUCAUAUCAUCUUUUAUCCUCGUUUCUUUAUGCGGCCGGUGGUCAUUUAUUUGUUUUACUGCUGUUAUGAAUCCGGCAUGUGUCACCUGCAAUGGUAAUGAACACAUUUAUUCAGUGUGAAAACGAGUAGCAUAUGCUUCAGACAGAGGGCGUACACUAUGUGGAUAUUUCCUAGAUACUGGGGGUAUCGCAACAUAGCAGUCAGUGUGCUCGCACUGCAGAGAGAGAAAGAGAGAGAGAUUAAAUUGAAUAUGGGUCAGUUCACAGCCAAAACUCUGCUUAUCUGAAUUCUCACACACCCUGAAUGAAAGUGAUUAUCCAGUCGAGUUAAUUGAAUAAUUGAGGCUUGCUGGAAAUCAUUUCCACUGGUCAGUGUCGUUAUCGUGGCUGAAAACAUAUGCUAAUAACCAAACAGCAGAGGCGAAGCUGUUGCGUGCUGGGAAUCGGUGUUUGUUGUGGGAAAUGAGAGAGUUGUCAAUAAUUCAUAAUCCAUAGUCCUAGUUCAUCGAGAUUCUUGAAGAGAGAAAAAAAAAAAAAAGUUCCAGGGCAGGUGAUGCAAAGCUGCAGCAGUCCUCAUCAAGAAUUCAAUCUGAUUGUCUCCAUGAAAUAUUGAUGAGGGCUCCUUGGCUGUGUGUUUGUACAGGCUACAUGGUUAAUUUAAAUCAUUUAUGUCUUACGAGGGGUGUGUGUACACUGGAGCCACAUGCUGGGGCCGCCCACCUGCUGAUCCUCUAGCGGAAGAUGGAAACGCAUACCUCGAGCGCGGCGCUGCCGGGGCGAGGGGGGGGGGGGGUAGAGGAGUGAUGAGACAAGGGCGAGAACACGGCGGCGCAAAAGAGAGUUAUUUGUUAGGAUUGAUGGAGGGUAAGGUUCCCGUGGUAAUGGAGGGAAGGUGUGGGGAAGCUAAGUCUACAGCACUCAUUUUCACAACAAAUGUAAUUUUAAAUCCACAUACUGGGAUCAAUCCACAUUGACCGCUUUAAUGGGACUAUGAUUGAUAACAAUUGUUAUCCUUCAUGUCACAAAAUGCUGGAAAAUGACAGGGAUUUAUUUUCCUGUCUGCUAAAGGAACAGGAGGAUGAUUAAUGCGGUAAUAUCAGCACCACGGCAGCUUUCUGAUCUAGGUGGGUAAUUCUAGGGGGGGAAGAUGAACCGACGGAUAAGAGGUUGUCGGGUAUUGCCCCAUUAAGCUUAGAAACUUGAAAAUAACAGAUUUAGCAAAAAGGGUAAAAAAAACACACAUCUGCAGUGUCUUUCAUUCCUGUUAUACAAGGCAAAAUUUGUUCUUGUAUCCUGUCUGCAUUGCUUGUGCAACUGAUUUCUGCAGUUUUCAAUAACCAAACUUGGGAUUUGGUUUCUGCCUGUGAUAGCAAAUAUUAAAACCAUGAAAAGAACCCUAAAAGUGCUGUCUUUUUAUCCAGAGUACAUAUGUGCUGGCUCAGAUGUUGACACAGCUCUGACCUAGCCUGGCCCCGUCCUAAAACAGCGUCUCAUGAAUGACUCGUUUUACCCUGAGAUUUCGAAGAAGUAAAGAAGUCUGCUGUUGCAUCAUUUGGAAACCCUAGGAAUUUAAAGGGCCAAUCCCCAUGCUUUAGAGGCACACCUUUGCAAUUCAUAGGGACACGCUAAAUCAGUACAAGAGUAUCAUGAGGGAUGGAUGUUAAGUGCUAUUUUUAAACCUGGGCCUUAUAUUCCAAUGUGUCUGUGUGUUUGGGUACUUUGGCACAACCAGAAUGACUCCGUCAAUCGAUGCCAUGGUUGCACCACUACACUGUAUAUUCAUGGCUGAGUGCCAGUGAUCUUUCCUUCCCAUGCUGUGUGACCAAUCUGGAUCCUGUGCUGACUAAGAUCUCCCUGUUCACAUCUCUGUGUGCUAACCAAACGUGGUAAACACAUUCAUGGGUUAGACAGAAAGAAAAAAAAAAACAGGAUAUAAAGGAGAUUGAGUAUUUUUUAUUUUUUUGCUAAUCUCUAAAAUUUCAUGCAGCGUUCAGCGGGACACACACACAACAAUGUCGGUUAUGUAACAACACGUGAAGCCGCGCUCGUUGCUUCGGCGGUUGUGAUUUAUUUGUUUAUUGCGGUCGUGAACCUUAGAGCUGCAGCGCGGCACCGACGGACAUGCGCGCUUUUGCCACUGCCAGCUCGGUGCAGGCUGGUUUCAUUUCAGCACCACAGCAGGCAGAAGGGAGAUUGUGGCAUUGCCCUGAGAGGAAGAGAGAGGAAAGGGGGGAGGGGUGCAGGCAAACAGAGAUAAACACAGAAAUAGAGAAGUUAGAUGUUGUCUUUAAAUCGUUCAAUAACUGAGCUGGAUCCGUCCUCGACUUGACUCUAAUUGACUUGCUUGAAAUUUGUAUUUUUUUUAACCCUUGCCUGGACUUUGAAUACCUCUGGCCAUUGUUUUUUUGGCUGUUCUCUGGAUGGUGAGGGUUUGCCACACUAAGAGAGUCAGAAUUUUACAAUUAUUAUUUCUUGUUUAUUGUUUCUUGUUCAAGAUUGUUUUUGUUAUAAGAGGUGGUGAUGGAAACAUUAUCGCACACCUUUAAAUGAAAUUAACUGGAUAUUACUGUUCAACUUUUGGGUUUAGGACUUUCAAAACCGAAAAAAAAAUUCACUUUUCUUGUCAAAGUUUUAUCAACAAACCAAAAAACCUUACUACCAUCUGUUGAUAGUAAAGCAUCAAAGCGCAUCUGGUUGCCUGAAGUAGCUUGCUUUAUGAUCCAGCAGAGGGCGCUGUGAUUGUAACCUGGCAAAUCUGUUUACUCUUGACAAACCAAAAAGCAAACUAAAAUAGAGAUGUAAUUCCAAACAAAAUGGAGGUCAUGGUCAAGCAAAGCCAGCAUGUCUCGUAUGACACCUCUUUAGAAAUUAACGGUUCACUACACCAGUGCCUGAAUCAGGCCUGUCGCGGAUAUAGCAAAUUAGUGUUGUGUCAGUUGCGAACGAUUCGUUCAAAAGAACUAAAUCUUUUACGUGAACGUACUGAACUAAAUUGCUUCCUCAAGUGAUUCGUUCGUUUCUCACUUCAGUUGAGCUGUCAACAGGGCAGAUGCUAUAGCACGCAGCAUUGCCAGGCAAGCAGCUGGCGAACAAGGGAUCGCAUGCAGCGAUGCCUGAAUCACUUAAAUGAUUCACGCAUUGAACUACACUCUCUGGAAUCAUUUUUGUAGGACAAAACUAACUUUUUUAAUUUUCACUGCUUAAUUGCCACCACAACAACUUGCAUACAAUAGGACACAGCAUGUAACAAGUAGUUCAUUAAACCCGCAGCAUCCUAUCAUUGCAGCGGUUUGUGAGGGAACGGUGCAUGUUCAGUGUGAAUUCUACUAAACGUUCAGUGAACGAAUCACUCACUGAGCCCAAUUUACCUAGCCUGGCUGGGACAUCCUGUUGCGUGAAUCACUUGCCGUUCCUUCCCACAACAGUCUGGACUUCGGCCCAUUGGGAGCGUGUAUUCCUGAUCAGAAAGAGAUCAUUUAGAUCCGCAAAAGACGUUGGAUAUAAACGAUUUCUGCCAACUUUGCAAAGUCAACUGCAGAAUUAAUGGCGUUCUGAAUGAACGGCGCAUUGAAAAGUCCCGAAGCAUGUGUUAGACGUCACCAUCUACACAUGGACCAAUCAGGGGCUGCCUUUCCCUGUUGUCCGGGGAACAGUGGAAACACAGUCACUGAUUGGCCCAGUUAUUUUCUGAUCGGGAAUACACGCUCCCAAUGGGCCGAAGUCCAGACUGUUGUGGGAAGGAACGGCAAGUGAUUCACGCAACAGGAUGGCCCAGCCAGGCUUCAAUUUACCGAGCAGACCUGAUAAAUAGCAUACCAUAGCACAGUACACUUUAAACAUCAUGAUUUUUAAACAAGUUGUUACAAACCUGUUUGCCAAAGCAACACAGUCAAACACUCUCAUCUCCUGGUCCCAGAAACUAUGAACUGAACUGAAUCCUGAACCUCUCAGCUGUGUAUCAGUCCAGGAGAUCGGAGUCACAGGCUCCUCCCGCCAAGCACUGAAUGAUUCGAUGAACAAAUCUCUUGAACAAAUCUUUUUCCUGAACUGAUUCUAGUGAUUCAGUACAUCUAAAAGAACUGCUGUGCCCAUCACUACAGCAAAGCCAAAAGGCUUGUAAAACUACAUACAUUGGUACUAUAUUAGCUGUAGCAUGUAAAAGUGACAGUGCCGACAUGAAUAUUUAGCAGUUCCAUGUCUAUUUUUAACCCCUUUUAGCUGGCAGCAUAUGCUAAUUAGGGUUUAACACAAAAUACAGCGGCAGAUGAUGGUCAUUUGUUUUCUAGGUACAGAAUCGUUCUCCCUUGGAGGCGUAUUGUUAGCGCGCCUAAAGGUCAUCGCUUGAUGAAUCAACGAGAAGGUGCUCAUUAACAUAGUUACCGCAGAACAUGGAGUAAGCACAGCAAGACUGGCAUAAAUUAUUCAAUAUAAAACUGUUAUUAAAAGCGAGAUCCGCCAUUGGCCAGCUGAAUACAUUGCGGUUUCAACAGUUUUGAGUGCGCAUAAGCAAUGACUGGUUUUUGUUUACUUGACCUAAAGUAGAUGUAAGACAAGCAUGUUGUUGAAACUAGCUGGAACAGCAGAGCGUCUUUAUAGAAAGAACUAAAUGCCAAAGCUUCUGUAUAGUGCAUCCGAGCAGUUCAAAUUUGUUCCUCUUAAAUCCAAUUUGAUUAACAAAUUGGCACUUACCUCUGAGGAUAAUAAAAUAAAGUGUUGCUGAAGGCGGUUUAUUUUGUUUUGGUCCCUUAUGGAGAAAGAAAUGUAGCUCGGCAAACAACAAAAACCACUCAAGCCUCCUCGGUGGCGUACAGUUGAGGGUAUUUUACUGUUAUUUGUGAAGCUGAAGUCUCAAAAGACAGCCUUUUAAUACAAAUGAAAGGGAGCAUAUGCUCAAGAGGCAAUCUGGCUCCAUUAUAGGUCAACUUGGACUUGUGAGUCACUGUAACUAUCAUGGCGGUGCACUACUGUUGAUGUAUUUGAUGAAAUUUUCUAUGAAACUUUCACUCAUGCCACAUGAGUCAGCCUGCCCACGUAGCUGUUGUAAAAUGGCACAUCACUGUAUGAGUUACUGUUUUCCAGAAGGGAAGGUACAUGCACUUUGGAGAAUUUGGCUGCAGUGUGUGAACCAGUUGGCCUGCACUCCUUCCAGCUUGUAGGAUGCUGUCAGAUAAAUAUUAGGAGCGCUCACAGUGGGGAACAGGCAGAGCAAACAUUUCAGAGCUGUUAAUAUUUGCUUCUGUGGUCUGCAGCAGCUUGUUAAACGCAGGGGUGACUUGCAGUGUCUGGAAACUGAAAGUUAUUAGAAUAAAAGGUGGAGCAUGUUUGUGUUUGUGUUUGUUUGUGUGUGCGCCUCAUUCUUAUUGUGUUUUUUCUUCUGCUUGUACCCGUAGGACUACACGUUGACCAUGUAUUUCCAGCAGUACUGGAGGGACAAGCGCCUAGCCUACAUAGGAAUCCCCCUUAACUUGACCCUGGAUAACAGGGUUGCUGACCAGCUUUGGGUCCCCGACACCUACUUCCUCAAUGACAAGAAGUCUUUUGUCCACGGAGUCACCGUUAAAAACCGAAUGAUCCGCCUGCAUCCAGAUGGAACUGUUCUCUACGGCCUCAGGUGAGUCAUUUCAUACCGCAGACACAUGAUGUCAAGCCUACGUUCAAUGAAACAUGCAAGUGAAUGCGCCGCAGGAACUUUCGCGCCAAAAACCGUCAACUGGAUGUAGGACUGGGCGAUUAUAUGAUUGUGAUCGAUGAUCGUGAUAAAUUUCUGUUCGAUCACAGUGAUCAGCUGUUAGCAUAUUUACUCGAUCAAACAUAGCGGAAAUGUGCGUAACAACAGCCAAUCAGAGUCGAGCUUUUCCUGCUCACUUCUGUAAGUUGCUGGAGAAGUAAACAGAAUGACCGAACGUGGAGCAAAACGCGGAGCCGAAGUCAGCCGUGACUUUGAGUUAUUCGCCGAAGAUGUUAAUGUUGAAAAGUUAUUCAACGUCGGUUGUGUGGCGGUGGUUUGGGUAUCUCCAAAGUGACGUUGAGCAAUUCAGCCGAUGUGUAAGGUAUGUCAUCGAUCGGUGUCCUCAAAAACCGGCUACACAACAAAUCUAUUUAAUCAUUAAAAGAAGUACUUCCUGAGUGAUUAUGCGGAAAGCGUGAAAAUGUGAGUGGAGUCUGUACAGCCUAUCACUGCUGACGGCACGAGUAGAAUUAGUAGUUUAGCUACAACUAGCUGUGCAGCCACCAGACCAAACCAGCAAUCAAUCGUAUCAACUACGUUUACAUCAUCUAAUGUUUACAUUUUAAGGCGUCUUCAUUAUCCCUGAGGGGGCCAUUUGUUUAUUUUGGGUCUUGCACAAUGACUGUAAACUAGUUCACUGUAUGAUUUAAUAUUUAUCUACAUUUGUUGUACUGUUGAGUUAAAAUGGUUUUUAUAUUUUUCUAAGUUUAUCUUAUUCACUUUGCUUUGUUAUUUAUUUGUAUGUUCAUAAAAUGUUGAACUAAUCUCUAGUUUCUUUAGUUUUCAGUACUGAUACUUUAUAACUGGCUGUGUAAAAAAAAUUGGGAUAAUAAUCGAGAUCGGACGAUACAACAAAACAUAUCGUGAAUUUUUUUUUUUUGCCAAAUCACCCAGGUCUAACUGGAUGUGAUGUGACCUCAGGUUGUCCUGCUGGUUGAGCUGAUGUCCACCAUCGUUUAUUAUGAAUGUUUUUAUGAGCGGCCUUAAGCUUGUAAUUAGGAGCCUUUCGAGUGGGAGCAGGAAAAAUAAUGGCCACAGGGGAGACUUUAAGAGGAGGAGCAAAGAGACCCAGUGGAGCAGACAUGAAGUGAGUGACCAGUGUUAGUUAACCAUAUCUAACGCUGCGUCUUUGCAUGCUUAACUUGCAAGUCGCACUCGUAAACAUAUUACAGUGAUUCCAGGGGUAAAAAGACUUCUCACUUGCGCAGUUUCAAGUUAAUUCCUUAUGUUUAAAGCCCAAUUAUGGCACCACAGUUGGCCAUGCUGGGAACUUGGCAGUUAUCUGCUCUUGGCUACUGAACAGCCAGAGGAUUACAGUAUGUGUCAAGCUCAAGGGCACAGUGGCAUUUAAUUUUUAAGGAAGGGAGUGUGCAGUCAGAGAUCAGCGAUCAAACGGAGUGAUGAACAGGCCAGAAGGUGCAUUAAUGCAUUGUAAAGCCUGCAGCUGGUGUUUGAUAUUUGUUUCAUAAAGCCCUUGUUUUGAAUUUCGAUUGAUCUUUCGGACAAGCGGGUUCAGAAGAGUAAGUGCGACCUAUGAAUAUGGAUGCGUGCUUUGAAUAAAAUGAGCGCAAAGUGAAGAGUGCGCGUGUUUGCCAGCAUGCUUACAUGCUUGUGUUUACUGUAUGUACUAUAUCUGUCAGUCUUUAUACUCGACAACAAUGCCUGAUUAUGCAAGUAGAGUUCAGAGCACUUAGCAUUGUGGGAUGCUUAUAGGUGCUCAAUGAAUACAAGAGAUCAAAGAGUGGGGAAGAUGUGGUGUGGUGUUUUUAAAAGGAGCUGUUACAUAAAUGUAUGUCAGGUGAGGCUUAAUGGCAUGCUGGAUACAGAUUCCUUUUAUGGGAUUAAGAAAGGUAUGAUUACCUGUGCUGGUGAGCGUUUCAGGGAUCAUGGAACGAAUUAUAAUUUCAAUAUUUUUUUAUCAGCUACACAUUAAAUUGGCUGGGAGUCGUAAAUAAUUUACAUAUAUUUCAGCUGCGCAAUAGAACUGCAAUGGAUUUCUACUCUUAGUAAUUCAAGUUACUCUAAUCUCUAUAUCAAAGAUGGAUUUGCCCUGGAUCAGCGCUGAAAAAAAAUGUGCUUUUUAUAAUGCUAAUUAGCAACUCUGGGCUUGAUACACAAAAGGACUGCGCAGCGUUCGCACCCGCUAAACCUGUGCAAAUGAGCCAAUUAGACAUUGUCUAAUUCACAGAGCAUGGAGAAAGGGUUAAAUGUCCAACAAAUGCACUGCAGAGCAAACAGCAUCUCUGUGUGCUAGUGUUGCUUGCAAUGAGCUAUUAUAUAUUUAUCCAGGAAAUACAAGCUUCUUUGUUCCAAGUGACCCACGAUAUUACUUCUGCAUUGCAUUUUUAUAAUAAUCAAGGGCUAUCAGGAUGAGAGUGCACAGUGCAGCCGUGUGCAGUAAAACACGGAAAUGCUUGCAGCCGAAAAUAUGAUGCAAAUCAUGAGCAAACUGCACAAAGCUGCAAAGUUGGUGUCAUUGGAGCAAUGUGUUUGGCAGCAAAGAGUGCACAAAAAUUGGGAUGUAACGAUAUGAAAAUUUAACAUCACGAUUAUUGUGACCAAAAUUAUCACGGUCUUGUUGAAAUAUGUUCAAAAUGUUGAAAAAGUACUUAUACACAACAAAGUAAUGUGCCAGUGGCAUAAAAUCUAAAUCUAAAUAAAAUGACAUUCCUUAUUGUGCAAAUUGUAAGAAUCUUCAGUGCUCAUAAAGAUCUACUCUUACAAAUAUAAAACAGAGCAACACUACUAUAUGAAACAAUACAACCACAUGUAAACACAAGGGGGAAUGCAGGUGUUAAAAAUAACAUAAAAUAUGUAAACUAAUCAGAUGAACCACACCGAUUGUCCGUUUUCUUCUGCUGCUGACUUUGUUCACUACUUGAGUUUGAUAUGGAAAAAUGUCAGCAUAUUUACUUUACUGGUUUGAGUCAUGAUCUGCGAGGGGAAACGAUGAAUAGCCUCUUGGAUGACACGCUGGUUGCCGGGAUGCACAAAAGCUUUCUGGCAAUCCUUGCAACCCUUUGUAGAGGCCGAAAUACGCCCAGACUUCGGACUUUGUUUUCUUUGACAGCGGAAAAAUCUCAGCAAUGCGGUUGGCAGAACUGCCUGCAAAAUUGCCCUCCACCAUGUUUACAAGUUGUAUACUGCGAUGCACUGUGUCCGAAGGACUGCUGCGUGCGGCUGCUCUUCUCAGCACUGAACAGUGUCACUGUGAGCUUUUCCAGAGUGCGGCAAUCAAACACGGUUUUAACGGUAAUUGAAGUUUGAAACGGUGGUACUAACAGUCAGACAUUUUACCGGUGAUUGUUACAUCCCUACACAAAAAUAAUGUGCAAUCCGUGGUGCUAUUGCUAUUGGCCCUCAGUCUUGUUUUGUAAUUGCAUCAAUAGUGCUGUGUAAAUUUUAUGUUGCUUUACCAUGCAAAAAAAUCAUGGUAAGUGUUGUUAUCCCCCAGUGCUAGCUAACAGUGAUGACAACAACAACUUUGUUUUCAGCUGAUUCCUCUUACACAGGGGUGGGCAAUCAUGUGCCAUGGAGGGCCGAGAGGCUGCAGGUUUUCUUUCCAACCCAAAACUUCACCAGGUGAUUUCACUGAUUAGUCUCUGCUCUCUGCUUGGAGGUAAGGUAAUCAGUGAAAUCACCUGGUGGAGUUUUGGGUUGGAAAGAAAACCUGCAGCCUCUCGGCCCUCCAUGGCACAUGGUUGCCCACUCCUGCUCUUACAGAUAAGCUCUUUUUCAUCAACAAAAAAAAAUUCUCAUUCUUAAAAUUGAAUAGCUAACUGGCACAUUUGCCAACUAAUACGUCUCACACAUCAAAGAAAUAUAAUUCAUAUCAGGAGUUAACAGAAAAUGUUAAAGAUCUGAGAAAUAAAGAGAGAGAUCAUCUGCGUACAGCAACAAUCUCUGCUCAUUCACAAGUCACUCUUGUUGUUACAAACCAGAGUUAUUCCAAGGAGGCCUAACCAUGAGUUUGUUUUCAGGUCAUCUGUCUAAAACCAAAAUAAACAUUUAGCUAGCCAGCUAUCAUCACUGAUAAAACCAGCAUCUUUUAAGCUUUCUCCUCGUGUUUUACUUUGGGAUUCGACUCCUCUGCUGGUUGAGUUGAAAGUAAACUGACUCUGUUUGCAAGCACAGCAGCUGUUUGUAGAGUUCAGGAGAAGGUGAUGAUAAGUGCUGCUAAUCCAAUUACAGUAUAAGUUGAGAUAGCUCUCUAAUCGUUUCUGCUAUUUUCGUUAAAGAGUGAGCUAAUCACGAUCAGGUGACCACAUGAGAAUGCUGUCAAGGUUUCUCAGUGAUAGUAGACAUGUUUGAUUUUGAGUUUUCCUGCCAAGAGACAAAAUAAAAGAUCGCCGACCUCAAGCUACGCUAAUGCGAGUCGAGUUGAUAUAAUAAACAAUGAGUUCAUCAUUACCUUUACUAAAGCAUGGAGAGGACAAGAUGAACAAAGACUGUUUGUCCACAGGGGGCGCCAAAGUCAACACAAACCAAAAGUUCCUUACAGGAGCUUUAAAGGUCACCACAUGCAAACUAGAUUACAUGUUGCUCUUGUUUAUACUGACCCUGAGUUUUGGUUCUCUCAAAGAGCAGAGAAGAGCAAGUGUCUGCUGGCAAGUGAAGGAGUCUUUGCUUGCUGAAAUAGAUUAGCCGUCACUGGUGACGUUGGAUUGCUAAGCUGUAUGUAUAUGCCAAGGUUGGAUAACUGAUACCUAUGUAGGAAGACCGUAGAGUUGAAUUAAAGGGCACAGAGAAAUUAAAUUGGCGCUGAUUCAUAUUUGAAAUAGUCAUGAUUUGAUCAUUGCAGUAACAGACAAACCCCUAUGUUCACAGAUGCUAUAAAAGCAUAAGUUUGCUUGUAUCAGACGUUCAAGGUUAAAAUGCAGUGUGUGUGUCAAAAAAAACAAUAGCUCUUUUGUUGUUGCAGACUGAGUGUUUUGUUGUAAUUUCAGCCGUAUAAUUACAUGUAAUGGGUUUCUCCUGCCUCAUCUGAGUCUUACUGAAUCCUCACAUUCAGUGGCCAACUGCCAGGCAGCCAGCUUUUAAUCAGGCCAGACUUAGCCUAAAUCAUUUUAAAUUUGCAUUUUCACUUUGCUGUGUGUUUUAACUGUCUGAGUAUCAUCCGUUCGAGCUCAAACAUCUGAUAAACAAAGGAAUACCUCCUCAUGACCCAGUUCAGAUGAGCAGGCUCCAAACUCUGUCAGAAUAUUGUGCCUUAAUAUGAUUUUUAUGCGCAAUCAUUGUUACUUAAUCACUGCGUGGAGGGUUGCCAGAUUUGUUGUGGGAGACAUUAACCGAUUUAAAAAACAAGAGUAAGGACUGCAUGUCAGCCUGUGAUCUAUCGUCUAAUUAUUAUAUUAUUAUUAUGUUUGUGUUUUUUUGCAGGAUAACUACAACAGCUGCAUGUAUGAUGGAUCUCAGGAGGUAUCCCCUGGAUGAGCAGAACUGCACUCUUGAGAUUGAGAGUUGUGAGUACUGAAACCUUCCUGUUGCACCAACUAUCAGCACCCUUCAUGCUGUCUCUCUGACGAGAAUUCAAAAUGAGCAUCUUGCAAGUUGAAAAAGUCGUCCAAACAGAUUCACAGCAGUAAAGGCGUUCAGUUGGACACGGAUUUAAUCGUCAGUGUUCUUCGUCUGCAGCGCUCCUGUCUGUAUUAAAAUGUCUAAAAGUAGCGAAGCUCUCAAUGACACGAAAAUCAGCUCAUUUGAAAUUAUUUUGACAUUUUUGUGAACUCGAAUGAACCUAUUAACUUGACUUGCUUUUCAAAGCAACGUCUGGUUCUUGGAAACAACUUCAAACAAAUCUCUUUCUCCCCAAAUGACAGCCCAGUUGGAUGAUGAGCAACGCUGCAUAUCUCGGUCUCAUAUGAUGGCUAGACAGAUGGUUACACUUUGGUGUGUACGUGUGUGUCUCUUCUUAUGCAGAUGGCUACACCACAGAUGACAUCGAGUUCUACUGGAAAGGCGGCGAGUCGGCUGUGACAGGCGUGACACGGAUCGAGUUGCCUCAGUUCUCCAUUGUCGAUUACAAGUUGGUGUCCAGAAACGUUGUCUUUUCCACAGGUAACUAAAGUUGUGUUUGUCCGCGGUUCUAACCGGGUUGAAGCGAUGAAAUGUGCAACCUUUCGAGAAGCUGAUCCAUUGAUUCAAGGACGGUGCUUCGCCAAAUUGUGCUGCCUCACGCUGUGAUUUACAGCGCUAACUGUGUCCGUGUCAGGUGGUCCUUGACCCUUACAUGGAUGCUAAUGGUGGCGCUGGAUUUAUCGGUCUGAUAAUCCUGCUGACGAUAGCGAAAAGUAGCUGACAAACCCCAAUUGAUUCAAUUUGUCCACACAAUCAAUCUUUGUGACUCUGGUGAGUUGAUCUUAGAAAAAUGAUAUUGCACAAGUGAGUAAAUCAGCUCACAGGGAAUAGAUGUCAGCACUCGGAGAAACAGGCUGACAGUUCGAAGUGUGGCUGCAUGAUCGUGAGGAAGCAGAACGCAUGAUGCAACUUAUUUUUUAUGCAAGGGAGGAAGGAAAUAACCUCUGUCGGCAUUGUGCACCAAAUCAAGCCAAAGUACCUGCAAAGAGGAGGAGCAUAGGAGCUGCCUCCACCUAGUCAACAAGUUGAUUGAUUGAUUGAUUGAUUGAAGUUUAUUUUGAACAUAUAAAAAAAGAAAUAACAAUAAAAAAGUAAAGAAUACAACAACAAAUGACAAAAAGUUAUUCGAGUUCAAAAAGGAGUGGGAAGAAGUCGAGACUUUUCUCAUCCCACCCCUUUUCUACACUAAUGGUUUAAAUGUAUAUCAUAUAUAUCAUUAUGUAAUAAUAUUAGUCAUCAUAGUAAUAAUAGCAAUAAAAAAAAAUCACCACAGUGAAAAUAGAAAAACAACAACAACAAAACGAUGAUGAUAAUGAUAAUAGUUACUAUGAAUGUACAUCCCUGUAUCCCAUGAAAACAUAUUCUUUAUAUUUUGUUUUAAACUGUUUUAUGUUUGGACAUUGUUUUAACUCCUAACCCAUACCCUUCCACAGUCUUUUUGCAGAAUGAAAUGCAAAAUUGUUUCCUGCUUGUGCGGAUUUUAUUAAUUUUGAAGUUAUACUUCCCUCUUAAUUGAUAACCCCUCUCUCUCGAUCUCCAAACAAAUUCUGAAUAUUUUGUGGUAGAAAGUUAUUUUUAGCUUUAUGCAUAAUUUGUGCUGUUUGGAAUUUCACAAUGUCUGUAAGUCUAAGUAAUUUUGACUGUAAGAAGAGUGAGUGAGUGUGAUCCAGAUAACUGACAUUAUGAAUGACCCGUAUUGCCUUUUUUUUUGAAGAAUAAUCAGUGAAUUGAUUGAAUUCAUACAGUUAUUGCCCCCAAUCUCUGCACAGUAAUUUAGGUAUGUUAAGACAAUGGAACAGUAGAGGAUACGGAGUGAUUUAUGAUCCAGAACCUGUUUUGCUUUGUUUAAACCUGAAAUGCUUCUUGAUAGCUUGGUCUGUAUAUGUUUGAUAUGUUGCACACGAGGGCUGAAACGAUUCCUCGAUUACAAAUAAUGAUCAAGGAAUUUUCUCUGCCUCGUUUAUAAGCUCAAAUCGUCACUGUUUCGCACAGAUUCUUUUGAAGGUGGCACAAUGCGCUUACGUCACCACGGUAGAAGGCGGAGUAAGCGCUAUUUAGGUUUUGAGGAGCUGAAAAAAUAAAUAAUGAGAGGGGCUUUUCUUGCAGUGUUGCCAACCUAGCGACUUCUCUUCAUGCUAGCUUGUAGCCUAACACUGCUGGUGUCGUAGGAGCUACUCAGCUCUCGGACACUAAUGUUUUUAGGGGCAUGAUGAAAGUUAAUAUCAUAAUUAGCUUUCUUACAACCAUUGCAAUCUGCUGACGCACACACUUCUUCCUCCACCUAUAGGAAAUCUAACUUUAUGUGAGUCUGCCGUUUGGGUCCAAUUACUCGAGUAACUAAUAGAAUAUUCAGUCUAUACUUGGUUACUAAAAUAUUCGAUAGCUGCAGCUCUAUUGCACACGUUCUCAGUUUACCUUCCAUAGUGUUGUAGUACUCGAGAUCGGUCUUGGUCUCGAGACUAUUUUUUGAGGGUCUUGGUGUCAUCUCGGGAUCUAAGGCAUUUUCACUCGGUCUUCUCUCGGUCGCGGUUGGUGCGAUCUUGACUACAACACUAACUUCCUAUUAUUGGGCAAAUGUCUUCUAAGAGUUGUUGGAUUUCGUUUUAAAAAGGCUGAUAAGUUACAUCCCAAACACUUCCCUUCAUAUGCUUACACAUAAAGACGUGUACACUCCCUCUUUUUCCCGGCAUCACAAUUAAUUGGUGUUGAGGAAAACAUCAAUCAAACGUUAUUUAUAGGUUCACAAUAGACCUUAUGUGCAAAGCUCUCCAUCUCUCGGGGGCAGUUAAUUAGAAGACACGGCGACACGUUAACGCAAUUUGUCAAAUGAGCGCGCAUAGAAAACACUUGCAGGAUCGUAUCUCACCUUGUUCGUUGAGUGUGUUGAUAAGUUGGACAAGUGUAGAAGAUUAAUUUGACAAUCCUAUCUGCAUCGGAGGGGUUUCUUUCUGAUUUAUCCGUGGCUCGUUCAUUAAUCAAACUUUAUGUAAACAUUAGGACCUAGAUGCAGAACUUUAUUGAUGCUGUAAUCUGGUGCAACACCCAGUCUGAUGCAGACUGAAGUGAACUGGAUUUCUACACUCUUAUUUCUAUAAUUGCAUCAUAGUGCAUAAGCAGCUGAAGUCGCCACAUCCUCACCUUCAGCCUCUCUGUGUUGUGCAGUGAGUGUGUUAACCUCUCCGCUGUGAUUCGCACAUGAAGUACUUGUUUUUUAGAGGGGCCAGCUCCCUGUGGGCGGUGACUAUUAAAGUUUAGUGUCCAGUGGUCUUCUCUGGUGCCCCUCGGCCGCAUGUGUGAAGCACAUUACAGGCUCCCCACGAGGCUCGCUAAUGACCAGUAUUCCACCAUUACAUGUACCAGCGGUCCGCCUCUAAUGUCCUCCCUAUUUUUGUCGUUCUUAUCCCUCUUUCUCGGCAUCCCUCUCAUCUUCUGUUGCUCUUUUCACCUCUUCCCCUUUCUCCACCCUAUCUUCUUGAGUGUAUCAUUUCCCUUUGCUUAAAAGAGGCGUGGUUGAUGCCAAUUAUCCUGCUCUCCGACAGAUACAGCCCGGGAUUCAGGCCAUCAUAUAUUUAUAUGAAAUGAGGCGCACAACAUCAAUUAUUCACCUCUAAGCAUAUAAACAAACACUGCCUGUUUGUGUGCGUAAACUAAGAGUAUACAUAUGCAAAUACAUGCCUGACCAGACAACACUGCAAUGAAAUUUGAAUUCACUCACUGCGCUCGUAUUGCUUUCAUUUUGUCUUCAUCUGUGGAUCAGCUUGAUGCUCUCAAGACGGCCGCCCCGGCAUUUUUUAAAUAUCCAAUUUAUAUUCAUAUUUUUCCCUGUAAUUUGGCUACACUCUCCCUGAAAAGUCCUUUAAGUUUACGGUUUCAGAAAAUGUGAAAUGCUCGGUUAAUAGCUUUUGAGAAAAAGCAGAGAAAGUCAAGUUUUUCUGAAUUUGAAUAGCAAUGAAAUUAAUCAUCGUACUUUCUUUUAAAGUUGGCUUUUCUGCUAAAAAAUUGGACUUCCUUCUUUACGGGAAUGAUAGUUUAAAACAACUUUAGACAAAAACUGUAAAAGGUGACUGAUGGAUGACAUAAAAGCUCCCCAAAAGUAAAUCCAAAACAGUCUUGAAAUUUAUCUCCUCUUUGCUAACAGAUCAGAGAAACAAAAAGCUGUUAUGACUGCGAGUCUUAUGAGCACAAUUCAAAACUUGACUUUGCAACAACCGGCGGCAAAGAGACAAAAAGAGAGACAGCACGCCUCCUCGGCUUCACGACUCCCGUCUACCCCAGACGGCCUCCCAGACACCAUUGUUGCACCGCCGUCAUCCACACGACUUUUAUAAUCAUCUCUGUUUUCUGACUUCUCUUCUUUGUCCCUCUCCUCCUUGGCCUCACACAUGGUGUUCCUCCAACUCGCGCAUGUUUAAUGUAGCAGUUACAGCCAGUGCAGCUCUACACCCACACGCCAGCGAACCUCAGCCUACACUUUUCUGAAACCACUUUUGCAUUCGCUCCUGCAGAGCUACUCCGCUCAGAUUUAGGCUGGAGAAGCAGCCAUUAAGGAUGCAUUAAAAUAGGUGAAUGGGAUAUUUUAAGACCCAAGACAGUCUGUUCUUAUAUUCACACUGUAAUGAAUUGUAUUGACUUAGGUAACCUCUGCCAGACUAUACCAUUAGCCAACUAUAGGAGCGUCAGCUAAUGUGAGAAAAAAGGAAUAGUUCGUAUAAUGUCUAUUCUAAAUGAUGCGAAUCCAUUUAUGUUCUACAAAAUUGGUUGCACAAAAUAAGUAAAUUGGAUACAAUGGGUUAGACAACAGUUGUUUCCCAUUUAAGUGGUAUUCAAGAUGUUACAAGAGGUAUUCCCUCAUGCAAACCAACAAAAGGCCUUAUGUGAUAUUGAUCAGUUUAGGUCUUCUUGUCAUUUUGUAUAGGAUUGUUCUUGUUUUUCCGUCCUCAUCACCCCACAUCUUAAAGCAUGCUCUAUUUCUAAGGGACUCGACGGUCUAUUUGCUUUUUGGCACACUACUUUUCCCUGAGUCAUUACCUUGAUUUUUCCUCUUCCUGUUCCUUUGUGCGUCUCUCUUUGUUCAAAUGUGUCAGCUAGGCUGCUUAUUCAAACAGCUAAUCUCUUUCUAUAUUUAAUCCAAACAAAUUCCACUCAUAAAAAUGUAAAACACACUGAUGCACAGUGCAUUGUGUUUGUCUUUAUGAACCUUACCUGCACUGGGUAUUGCCACUAUAAAUAAGAACUUUUCAGCAAUAGGUCCACCACUGAUGUUUGGAUUAUCAAUGGGAUUGAUGUUUGGAUGAGCUGCUAAAAUUUGAAGUAUUAGUUUAACCUUAAAGUUGGGGUAAGAACACAGCAAGUUUAGCAAGUUACAGUGUCGAGGAAAAACCUCCCUUAAAGGGAUAUUCCGGUGAAAAAUUAAUUUAGGGUCAAACACACCAUAACACCAAGUUAGACACCCCCUCAAGAGAUGAAUGUUGCUGACUGCUUGCUUCUUUAGUUAUACCAACUUUAGUAACGACCGCACGAUAGCAAUACACAGCGGUCUGAGGAGCCAUAAACAAACCUCAACUAAAACGCCACUCUAUAGCCACAAAUAAUGCUCAGAGCAGCACUUAACUUCAUCACAUCCACAUCACUAGCCACCAAACAUCUUUAUAACUUUGCCUGAUUUCUUCAGCAAAGAGACUAAACACAGCUCACCUACUCUCUUCCAGCAGCCGCUUGUUUGUAGCGAGACCUCGGGCCAGUCCAUUACGGACUACAGCGGGGUGACACAGCUUAAGGAAGAACAUUUAUGAUCAUUUCUUCAUGGAAAUACAAUCAGGCCGAGACUCUAAGGCAGAAGAACUACCAGGUCUGCAGUGCAAAAGGAUUGAUAUGGUGAUUAUUACUUCAAGAAAAUUAUUAAGUAAUAAUCAUAAAUGUUCUUCCUUGAGCUGCGUCACCCCACUGCAGUCAGUUUGGACUCUCCCUACGAACAAGCAGCUGCUGGAAGAGAGUGGGUGAGUUGUGUUUAGUCUCUUUGCUAAAGAGAUCAGGCAAAGCUAAAAGGAUCUUUGGUGGCUAACACUAUGGCUGUGACCCUAUAUGUACUGUUGAUGAAGUUAGGUGCUGUUCUGAGCAUUAUUUGUGGCUAUAGAGUGGCGUUUUGGUUGAGCGCGUGGCUCUCUGUAUUGCUAUCUGCGGUCAUUGCUAAAGUUGGUAUAACUAGAGAAGUAAGCGGUCGGCAACAUUCAUCUCUCGACGGGGUUAGGGUGUGUUUGACCCUUACUUAAUUUUACGCCGGAAUAUCCCUGUAACAGGCAGAAACCUCGAGUUGAACCAGUCUCACGUUGGACAGCCAUCUGCCGCUGCUGGGGGUAGGACCAACGUUCACCACAAGUAUCAACCCACAGAUUGAAAAUAGCAGAGCGAUGGCCCCCACUUCUCCUCUAACUCAAAACAAAAAAGGAAAAAUAUCUAAGCACCCACAUAAACAGUCUAUAUUUAAGAAUAUGCUGAAAAGCCCAAGCUGAGUAAUGACAGACAUGCUGCAUCAUUAGGACUGUGGUGAGAAAUACAGGUUGAUAAACAACACAGGCACAGUUACAUUCAUUUAUGAAGCGUCUAUUCUCUUCUCCCAGUUUUGCUGAAUCCCUCUGAACCACUGCGUGAAUAAUGUAGGUGGAUGAAAUGUUUAUCACCAUUCUGAAUAUUGUGUCACAUCAUCACCAAAAAGGGAAAGGGUCUGUGUGUGUGUGGUUGAAUAUGUGUAUGUGUGUGUGUGUGUGUGUGUGUGCGUGUGCAAGUGAAGGGGGUACUUGUUACCAUGGCAAUAAAUCCAACCCAUGCUGUUGGGGUUGUCAUAGAAACUGAAACAAAAACACAAGGUAUCUCCGUGUGCUCCUAUGAAUAAUAUAAGUUUGAAAUUUUGCUGUUAACAUGUCAGUGCAUUUUUAAUUGAAUGUUCCCUGACCCUUAACAUUGCCUUUAAAAUGUAAUUACCAAACCAAAAGACCUAAACGCACUGCUCCUACCCUUAUCUCCUCUUUCCUUAGGUGCCUACCCUCGACUGUCUCUCAGCUUCAAGCUAAAGAGGAACAUCGGCUACUUCAUCUUGCAGACGUACAUGCCAUCGAUCCUGAUUACCAUCCUCUCCUGGGUCUCCUUCUGGAUAAACUACGACGCAUCAGCAGCCAGAGUGGCUCUAGGUGAGAGGCAGCGGCUGUUUAAGGAGCAGAUAUUUGGCUUUCUGAGAUGAGGCUUGGGACUGAAACGAGCCACCACCUCCCUGAUGGAUUUCCAAAAGGACGGUUUAUUCAUGAACAGAGGCAGGGGCUGAAUUUCUCAAACCGUCAUGGCUUGGAAGUUGAUGGUGGAAAUAGAUUUGAAGGAGAAGAAUAAUGGAUCAUGUUUAAAAGCAACCUCGACUCCAAUCAAACUAGGCUGUACCUUCUGCCUGUUGUUGCUGUAGUCCCCGACGGUCCUCCAGGAAGCUAUAAAAACAUCACCUCUCUAAUUAGCAUAAUUACACUUCUUAUGAAGACUACUUGUGUGGGUGCAAAGGCCCACUCACAGUGGGGCUCCUGUGAGCAGUAAACAAAGCAGAGGUGCAUGCAGCAGGUUAUUAUUUUGUAAUCAUUGUGAUGUCUCGUAGGAGGCGUCGUUUUUCCGUUGGAUUUGGAUGACACACGAGGAGAAUACAGUUUGAUUGAUUAGGUACUUAAAUACAGUUUGAUUGAUUAGGUACUUAAAUACAGUUAAAGGUCCUUACACACCAAGAGCGUUUUUUUCGUGCGAUUAUUUCGGACAUCAAUUUUUUUCGAACCCGUAUCCUGUCAAUACAAGCGUUCACAUCAUGAAGUAUGUCGAAUUAUCUAAAGUUUUGCAUACUGUGUGUCCACUUCUGACCAAUCAGAUUUCGUGUUGUUGCGACGUCUGAUUCACCGGUAUAUCCAACAUGGCCGACCGCCUGAUUGUUUACGUGUCGGUCUGCUGUUCUAUUAGCAGCAGCAGACGUUAGCGUCUGUGGGUGGAAACGGCUAACGUAGUUUCUCAGAUAGGUGGUAUUUCCAUGGUAUUAGAUGCGUCUUGUAAAGUUCUUGCUUUCCAAUAAGUUUGUACAGUCUGUAAUGAACCCAGAUGUCCGCUUUGAACAUACCAGGAACAUUUUUUAAUCAGCUGCUCUUAAAUUUGGCCACUCUCCGGCAUCUUCCUUGUUUUGCUAUCGCUCUCUGCAGUAAUAUGUCCCUUCAUGGUUACCAUCAGCUGCUUAAAGCUGUUGCUGUUUUUGUUAUCUAGCUAACGAGAUUCACCGGUAUAUCCAACAUGGCCGACCUGCUGAUUGUUUACGUGUCUGAGAACAGAGUGCUUUUUGAUAAAAAAACACAACCAUUACAAAGAUAACGACCUGAAGGACGACUUGUGGAGAGUCAUAGCGUCAGAUUUCUCAUAUGACGAUGGUUUGUGUGCUUUAACAGUUUGCUAAACGUCUUUGUUUUAACUUUCAUCUGUGCUAAGUAACUUUAGCUCGUAAGCUAACCUGUUCAGAUACAACAUACCAUAUGUAUUUUCACUGCCUCAAACUCAAUCGUGUUGCUGUCACGGCACCAUUAGGUCUCGGUUGUUACCUUACGUUUAUGGAUUAUAAUUUAAUGUGUUUAUCUGGUACUGGCCCUGACUCAGUACAUGCUAUCAUGACAGACAGACAUCUCAACACUAGAGUCUAAUCAGAACUGAAAAACAGUCAGUCUGCUGUUGAGUCAGUCUUCUCACUUCCACCUAGAAAGCGUCUUUUUUCCCCCCGGAAAGUCGCAAAAUCACAUCGUGCUUGAUGUGUAUAGUCAGGCAUGUCAAAAUUCGCCUCUGAAUAUUUCACGUUGUAUAUUUGCGUCAUUCUCGCUAUGUAAGGACCUUAAAUAUGGCGGCUCAUAUGUUUUUUUUCUUGUGUGGUAUUGCAUUUCAACAAGAAAGGAACCACCCUCUAGUGGACAUUUGAAAAACUGCAGUUUAUGGCUCAGUCUGACGGACUCACAGCUUUCAUUGGGGGGUCACUAUUUGAAUGUGACAUUUAAUGAAGGGGCCAGUCGGCCGUGUGGAAAUUCAAAUUAGAGGCUAACAGGGGCCAAGCAGCAAAUCUUCGCCGCAGGGCCUCCUAACAGUAUAAUCUAGUUUCGCCGGCUCAUUGCUGCUGUUGUCCGUAAAUCUGUCCUGUCUCAUAUGGAUAGAAAAUUUAUCUGGAACCUCAACACAUCCUAAUGCAUUUUGUAAAUCAUGCUGUAAUCCAUUGCAUGUUAUCCUCAAGCAUGCAUCUGGUUAGAGACUAGGAAGGAUAGUAUGUGUGUGCACAAAUUUAUGUGCACCGGUCUACCAGCCGUCUUUAUUUCCCCACUGGAGCUGGUUUUGUUAAGACAUCCAUGCAAUAUCCGGUCAUUACUGCUUCCUCAGAGCACGGCUGCCUUUAUAAGUGUGUGUGUGUGUGUGUGUGUGUGUCUGUGUGUGUGUGUAUGUGUGACGUCCUGCAAGCUGCAAUAUUCAGCUAAGAGGCAACCGGAGGUCCAUUCACUUCUCUUGAUGGAUCGUUACAAGCUUUCAGCAGGUAUCUUGAUGGAAAAUGGUGUGUGGGACCGCGCAUGGGUGCGUGCAUGCUCUAGUGUGUGUGUGUGAGCAAACCUGCCAGUAAGAGCAGUGUAAUGAUCAGGAGGAAAUCAAUUCAAGGAGACAGCAGGCAAACAAUUGAAUUGUUGGAAAGAGAAUCUUGUUUUCCUGAGCUAUUUCCAAAGGGUUGCAAAGUUACAAGCGACUGGCUUGCGCCGUAAUUUGGUUGCAACCCCCCCCCCCCCCCACGAUCACGCCCUUUAUUAAUAAUCUCAUCAUGAACAGCCAAGGUGUGGGCUUCAGGUGGAAUCAGCGCAGAAGCACUUUUAGUUUGAGGUCAGGGCAUUUUCUUGAAACAACUUUAGUUUCUCCUGAAUGCGUCCAAAAUGACAAGUCCUGAGACGCUGGGCAUGCUAACUAGAUCUUGACAAUUUGUGCUGUCUGCCAGUGAAAAAUGGAAGUGUUCAAUUAACGCUGCUUUGAUUUACCACCUCUGCCUCUGUUCUCGCAGUUAACAUUCAUUGCUGUUUCACACGCUUUAUUGCAUCCUACAUGAUACCUUUUCCAUUUCAUAAUGUUGAGCUGUGUUGUUAAUGGCCUAUUGGCUUGUGAUUAGAGGAGAUUUGAUUGCUGUGUGCCUUUGUUCCACGGAGACUCAGGAACAUAUAACAAGAGGGGGGAGGGCAGAAAGAGGUGCAGUAUGAGCACUGAGGGAAACCACCACUAAAUGAUGGUGAGAUCUGAGGGAGGAAAAAAGAUACAGGAUAAAUGGAGGGGGAGAGGAAUGAGAUUGAGGCAGAGGGAGAGAUAAGAGGGAGACGCAGGGAACAAUAGAAGGAGACAGAGAGAGGGGGGAGAGAAACGGAAAAAGACAGACAGUGAAAGAAACCCUAUAAAACUAUAUUUCUCCCUAGAGAGUUUAACAGUGUGAUGAAAAAGGAGAGAGGCCCAUGGGCGCAUGGCCCCUUGAUUAAAUUGUCCGAACAGGAGCAAGGGAGGGCGCAAAACCGAGGGAAAAAAGGAGGAAGGGAGGAAGGGAGGAAGGGAGGAAGGGAGUGAAGGACGGAGAGUUAUGGCACAGCUGAGAGAACACCUAUAAAGAACAAGGCUGUCGUUAAGCAGGAAGGGGAGGAAAAAAAACAGAGAUUGCACCAUCCAGCAGGCGUGGAGACAUGGAGCGUGUGCGCGCGCCACCGCCGAGCUCGCCCGCAAUCACACCUGCUUCUCACACCAACAACACACACAUGCAUGCACACACACGCAUGAGCGGUGUUAGCCUUGUAAUGUGCCAAUAAAUCACACUAAGGGCUAGAUUGACCUUAGCUAUCCCACUUCCUCCACCCAGCCCCUCUGAAUGUACCCGUCUCUCCAAUGUCUCUCCAGUGUGCCUUAUGAUUCAUACGCACACAUACACAGGCGCACGCACUCCUAAAGCCGUGUCUGUGUGUGUUAUAUGAGCAUCGUGGCUACUGAUAGGCUCCAUUUAUUUUCAGCAUGGGUAGAUAAAGCAGUAGAGAUAUAUCUGCCAUAUACGGUAAGAUGUAGUGUUAUGGCGUGGCAAGAGGUCAGGGUUUGCAUGGAUAUGAGUGAGAGUUAUGUUUAUUUACAACAUUCGUUAAAAUGAAGAGUGGCGUUGGAAGACGAAUAGUCCACGCAUGGAGGGACAUCUUUGAAAACCCGACAAAAUAAAUAAAUAAAGCUACAAAAAAAUCUAUACUUUUUAACCAGGCUGUAAAUGUGCUUAUUUUGGAUUAGUGUGUAUGUGGUUUUUUAGCGCUUCAGCAACCAGCCUCAAGUGGACACUCAGGGAACUGCAGUUACUUCUGCACUUGUUAAAAUUAAAACUCAUGGAUUGAUCUUAAAACUCAAAUGCAACACAAGAGCUUGUGCCCCUCUAGGUUGCCAAUUAAUUUAACAGUUUAUUUUUAUUAGGGCCCAAGCCGGCAGCAAAGCUGUGGGUGAAGCCCUAUUGAAACCCAAGGGGUUUUCUAUUAUUAUUAUUAUUAUUAUUAUUUUUUUUUUUUUUAAUUAUUAUCAUUAUUAUUAUUAUUUUAAUGCCUCUGAAAACGCAAAUUUGCCCCCCUUAAUGACCGCAAAAACUGAAAAUUUGCAGGCAGGUCAGGCCCGGCGAAAAUCGCAAUGUUUUAAGGUGACACAAAAAAGCGAUUAAAAAUGGCUCACUAGCGCCCCCUACAGAGCGCCACGAAUGUUGACUUUGUCCAAUCUGCACGAAAUUCUACAGGCACGUGUAUCUUAAUGAGAUCUUUCAUUUUGUGCGCUUGGACUUUUUUCUCAGACAUACGGUUAAAGAGUUAUUCCGCUGUUUUCAGCCCAUUUUGGCCAUUUGCAUAUAUAACGCCAAACGUAUCUACUUUUUUACUAUUACGUCCUGGUUUCGUCCAGGAGGUGGGGUAUCCUUCAAAAUAAAAGCAUAGUUUUCCAAUAUAGGAAUAAAACAGUGUCAGUUACACAGUUGGUGAUGUGAGCAAAUCAUAAAUUUAAAAUUGAAUCUGUUUAUCUGUACAAUUUAUGGACUUGUAAUAUACAUAUGAGCUAAUGCAGUAUGUUGCUUUGAAUUUCAAUUUUUACAUAAACAUCGCAAUAGUAUUGUUUCAGCGAAGAUGGUCAUGAGGUGAAAGUCUGAUAUCCAUACAGCCGUACUUUCAGUCUUUUUCUGAAUAAUUGCUCAGCCAUGCAUUGAAUACUGUUUUUUCCAUGUAUUGUUGUGUUUUUUUUUCCCUGUUUUUAUAUGUACUUAAAGUGUUUAGUUGGGCUCUAUUAUUGUUUUGUUUUGUUUAGUUUAGUGCAUGUGUUUUUUUGUGUGUUUGGGUUUUGUUUGAUUCAACUUUGGACUCAAACCUUUUGCCGUGCCUAAAAGCCGUGCCAAUUUAAUUUCUUCUAUCUUUAAUUUUGUAUGUGUCCGUCUCUAUCUGCUGAAACAGAUACACUUGAAAGGUGCCUUUACUCCAAGAUGAGAGAACACCACACCAUCCAGUACACCUUGUGGUUAAGGUUACUGGAGGCUGGGGGCUAGAUACAUGCAGCACUAUUCUAAUGAGUUAUUUCUGUUUGGUGACCAGGGGGCAGUUGGAGGUUUCAAGGCAGACCUUUGAAUUUCAAUGAAGCAGAGGUUGUGCUCUCGUCUCUCAGUACAUGUGUUCAUGCAGGUGAAAUAAGAUCGAGCAUGAAAGUGAACAAGAAAGAAUCGCUGGUCAAAAUACUGUACAUGAAGUGUUUGCCAGUCCUCCCCCUCCCCCUCACUCCUUAUUUAAUACUUCAGUGAGGCAAUCCCACAGCAAUCAAAUGCUCCCUUUUUCUUUUACCACAUCACUCCCAGCCAAGAGAAGAAAUAGCCACCGAACAAACAUGUUUUCUAUAAAAAUACCCUUGUUUCUAUAGUAACAUCUUCGACAUCUGUUGGAGUUUUUAUCCAAUCUGACCUUAAGGUUAUUGGCAACAGAGCAGCAUCUGCUUCCAAUGGUAGGUUGCUCCGUUUCAAGAGGCUUAUACCAGACAGGUUUGGACUAAUUAAGUGUCACAUCUAGUACUUACACAGAUUGCCUGUCGAGAUAAUUGACGAGGAAGAAAAACAAUGUUUGUGUCACAUUUUUGUUCCCAAGUUGAGAGAAUUGGACAGAUGGUUUACUAACGGUAUGAGUCUAUUUUCGGUUUGGGUGAUAGGUGUUAUCUAGUCCUUCUACUAGUGGUACAUAACAGCAAUUUACAAAAGGGAACAAUAAUUGAAGCUUACAAGUAGACAAUAUGGAAGAUAUUUUCAACUCUACUCUCAAUUUACUCAUCUUAACAUCAACAAAUUUAAAUAUCGCCUGGUUAUAAGUGAAAAUCGACUAUCUACUAAGUCUACACAUUGUGAUACAAACACCCUGUAUUUUGAUGAUACUGUGGUUUGUAGUAGUAAGAAUGACGCCUCUUUCAUUCCCUGUCUGUGCUCUGGAUACCUGAUCUUGAUAUAUGUCGCUUGGGUUGAGUGGGUUGAAUCUCCAGGGUGAGCUGUGGCGGGGUUCUCAAGCAGAGAGCCCUGAAGGCAAACUUCCCCCGUCACUGAUCUUAGAUUGGUAUUCCCAGAUGGACAUCACUGUACAGCUAAGAGGGGAGAAACUCAGAGGGCUCAACAAGGAUAAAUCUGGAACUUAUUUGUGGGAGGGUGAAUUUGUAGACUUCAGCUUUGUAACAGUGUUAAAAAUGGCGGGACUGAUGCUAGGCUUCGUAGGCGUCAGUAGCAGGACGUCUGCGAAAGCGAUCAAGAGGAAUCUUCAGGAUCAGGAAGCUCAGGGACUCCUAGACGAGGCUUUAUGAUCUAGUUACACUCAAAGCUAAUCUACAGCUAAUCUUUCAUGUUUAGCACUAAGCCGUUGUAUAAAAACAACUCCAGCUUCCGUUUUUUAAUACUCUUAAGUAGUACUUUCCCUCCGUGACUGGGCUGACCAUGUUUUCCUUCUUCUCAUUACCAUAGGGAUCACCACGGUGCUGACAAUGACCACCAUCAAUACCCAUUUGAGAGAGACACUGCCCAAGAUCCCCUACGUCAAGGCCAUCGACAUGUAUCUGAUGGGCUGCUUCGUUAUGGUCUUCCUCGCGCUGCUGGAGUACGCCUUCGUCAACUACAUCUUCUUCGGGAGGGGUCCUCAAAUGCAAAAGAAGCUGGCGGAGAAGGCGGAGAAGGCUAACAACGAGAGGGCAGCCAAAUAUGACGCUGCAAGGGUGAGUUUGGAUGAGAUGAUGUGAAGAUCAGACUGAGUUUGGUUGAAAAUGCAAGUGAAGUAAGUUACUCAGAAGAUCAAUUGUACUGUAGGGGGAGACUGUCAAAUGUAGGGAAGAGGAUAAGGGCCACUAAAAAUGUACAUAUAAAUAAAAGGGUCAAGUAGAUUAUUAGAUAUUUUUAUUAUUAUUCUUAGGAUAAAGUCAGAAUUAUGAGAUCAAAGUCAAAAUAAUGGGAAAAAUGUAAGGACUGACUUUUCUCUCAUACAUCUAACUUCAAUCUCAUAAUUCUGACUUUAAUCUCAUAAAUCUGAAUUUUUUUUUCAGAAUUUUGAUUUUUUUCUCAAAAUUAUGAGAACAAAGUCAGAAUUAUGAGAUUAAAGUCAUAAUAAUGGGAAAAAUGUAAGGACUUUGACUUUUUUCUCAUACUUCUGACUUUUACCUCAUAAUUCUGACUUUUUUUCUCAGAAAUUUGACUUUUUCCUCAGAAUUAUGAGAUCAAAGUCUGAAUUAUGACAUUAAAGUCAGAAUUAUGGGAAAAAUCUGAGGACUCUGACUUUUUUCUCAUACUUUUGAUUUUAAUCUCAUAAUUCUGACUUUAAUCUCAUAAUUCUGAGAUAAAUCUCAAAAUUCAGACUUUUUUCUCAGAAUUUUGCUUCUUCUCUCAGAAUUAUGAGAUUAAAGUCAGAAUUAUGAGAUUAAAGUCAGAAUUAUGGGAAAAAUGCAAGGACUGACUUUUUUCUCAUACUUCUGACUUUAAUCUCAUAAUUCUGACUUUGAUUUUUUCUCAGAAUUUUGCUUCUUCUCUCAGAAUUGUGAGAUUAAAGUUAGAAUUAUAGAAAAAUGUAAGGACUCUGACUUUUUCUCAUACUUCUGACUUUACCCUCAUAAAUCUGAUUUUAAUCUCACAAUUCUGACUUUUUUCUCAGAAUCAUGAGAUCAAAGUCUGAAUUAUGAGAUUAAAGACAGAAUUAUGAGAUUAAAGUCAGAAUAAUGGGAAAAAUGCAAGGACUGACUUUUUUCUCAUAUCUCUGACUUUUUUCUCAGAAAAAAAAAAAAAUACACAUUCGACCUUUUUUUUCUCUCAGUGGCCUUAAUAUUCUUGCGUACAAAUGCGAUGUUGCUGUUUUGAGUAGAAUUGUUUUCUGUUUUUCUGACUGGAAGGUGCCAGAGGUUUUUUUUUAAGGGGAUCAGUACCAAGUCAAGUAUAAAUCUUGUAUAACAUUCGGGUAACUCCACAGGAAAGGACGCAGGACAGCCCUGGAGAAAAGGCGAUCAAAGUGGACAGGCUUUUCAGUUCUUUUGUUUCAGUUCCAGCCAUCAUGAAUAAUUAAAAAGCCUUGACACUUCAAUAGUCCAAAUCUUAUUUCUUCUGGCACUUGAUAGCACAGGCAUCGAAAUGUUCUCCUCUAGCUGAACUGUGUAAUAAUUAUAUAUAAUUCAGAAGCGUCUGUUUACACGGGAGUCCAGCAGUAGCAAAAUGUUUGGUUUGUGCAGGAAUCUGUUUUCAGAAAUUUGUCUCCUACAUGUGGUUGAAUAUUUUCAUCUCUUCAGGAGGCAGGUAGUAGGACCGCAUCCCUAAAACGGUCCAAUCAGGUUAAAGGUCUUCGCCACUCACGUUCGGUGAGUUGUUUGUUCAGUGAGACUCUUCAGUAUCCCUGAGUCAACUUUGCCAUCGCCAUCAGCUGACAUGGGUGUCUUUUCGUUUCUCUUGCCGUGGUGCAAAAUAUUUUCCCCCAUCCAUGGAAUGAAUCAAGCUCCAAUCGACAUCUUCAUGACAUCGCCAUGCUCUCUGGAGUUUUCAUUUUGACUUUGACUUUCACAUUGCAGUUUUUCUACAUUAAAAUGGUGCUCAUGCUCUGUCUUGCAUCCUAAAGGUGAUGUUUUAGAUGCGUUUCUCCCUUUCAGGGCUCAUCCUGAAUGCAUGCUUUCUGUGAAUCUUUCCUCAUUCGAAUCACCAUUAAAAGCCACAUUUCUUGCAAAGUGUAGAAAAAAACAGACAUGUCUGGAAAUAUUUAAAUAUUUGUAAUAUUUUGAAAAUAUUUUAGGAAACUGAACAGAGGAUUUUUUUGCAACUGCAGGCCAAAAGUGUUAUCAUUCAUGUCAAGUAACAUCCUCCUCAGAAUUGUGAUGGAUGUGUCAAAUGUCACACUUCGGCAAACAUUUUGAUGUCAACAUUGAAAAGUAGUGAUAGAUCGCACACCAAGUGAGGCAAAAUAUGUUUUUAAAGGUACGUUUAGACCAGGGGUGGGCAAUCAUGUGCCAUAGAGGGCCGAGAGGCUGCAGGUUUUCUUUCCAACCCAAAACUCCACCAGGUGAUUUCACUGAUUACCUUACCUCCAAACAGAGAGCAGAGACUAAUCAGUGAAAUCACCUGGUGGAGUUUUGGGUUGGAAAGAAAACCUGCAGCCUCUCGGCCCUCUAUGGCACAUGAUUGCCCACCCCUGGUUUAGACUAAUAAUUUUAGACAUGGGGCGUUAACUUUAGUGGGAAUAAAUAUAGGCAAUCAUUUGUAUUGGCCUGUAAGAAAACUAGUAAGGUCUCAAGGUUUUUUUUUUUCCUUAAGAUUUAUUUAUGGGCUUUUAUGGACUUUAUUGACAGACAGAUAAAUCAGGAAACAGAGAGAAGGAGAGCAGGGAAUGGCAAUUGGAGUAGGGGGCAACAGGGUGGGCUCUAGGCUAUCAGCAACCCCAAUAUCGCAAUGUAUCAAUACACAAAAAAUAUAAUUUUAUAAAUAAUUGAUUAGGUCAAUAAAGAAUUUAAUUAAUUACUGAAUUCACAAAAAAAUAAUAAGGUAAUAAGUAAAUAAAUCUAUAAAUAAGUAAACAAAUAAAUUAAUAAAUGUUUUCAUUAAUAUAUAAACAAUCAAAUAAAUCAAUAAGUUAACUAAUUAAUUUAUGAUAAAUGAACAAUUAGACAAAUAAAAAGUAAAAUGGACAUUUAAAUAAAUAAAUAAUUACAUUAACAAUAAAAUUGAUAAAUAUGUAAAUGAAUGAAUUGAUUAAUAAAUUAACAAUUAAAUGUUUUUAGAUGAAAAACAGAAAUGCCUGUGCUGAUGAUUUACCCUCAAUAGAGGGAAAUGUGGGGCUUCAACAGUUGCUGCAUUUGCAUGAGUGACAUCAACUGCUGUUGAUUUGUUUCGUGUCACAAACAUCAUAGGCAUGGAGUAUGAUGUGUUGUCUGUGUGAGAAUGGUUAUGUUGGUUCAUACAGCCUCUUAUGAAAAUACUCUGGGGUUUCACAGCUAGAGGACCUGCCAUCAGUCAGAUCAGUAGAUGUAGAUGUAAUGGAUGAAGCUAGAGUGCCACAAAUUCGUCCCCCAGGUGUUUUUCCAGUCGUAUUUUUACAAAGUUCAUUCCUUCUCUCAACAGGCGGAGCCGCCCGGCCACGGGAACAUCCUUUUAACCACCCUGGAGAUCCACAACGAGGUGGCAGGAGGUGAGAUCACCACCAGCGUUGCAGACAUUAGGAACUCUCAGUCCAUGGUGCAGUUGGAUAGCACGGCCUCAACGCAUAUCCAGUAUCGCAAGCAAAGUGGAGGGAUCGGCCCGCGUUCCGCCAGCCGCCACUCCUUGGACCGCUCCGCCCAGAUGAAACGCAGCCGCCUGCGAAGGCGAUCGUCGCAGCUGAAAAUCAAAAUCCCAGACCUGACGGAUGUAAACGCCAUCGACCGCUGGUCAAGGAUCAUUUUCCCUUCGGUUUUCUCACUGUUUAACCUCAUCUACUGGCUUUACUAUGUCUGAUUGGACUGUUUUGUUCAGAUGUUUGUUGUUGUUGUUUGUUCUUUUUAUCAUUUUGUUCCUUUCGUCCUUUUUUUUUUCUGUUGCUUUUAUACGUGAUGGAUUCGGUCGAGUUAAAGACUGGAGCACAAAAAAAAAACAAAAACAAAAAAAAAAACAAUGACUGAGAAGAGACUUCUGAGUUUUGGACCAAGUACUCUGCACAAUUGUUUUUAUAUUUGCAGUCCUUGAACCCUUAGUUCCAAGGUAUUUUUAUUUUCUAAAGUAUGUACUGUAAUCGGGACUUGUGACAUCAUUUCCCAACAUUUGCCCUCUGAGUGAUUUGUAAAUAGAGAGAUACAAAGCCAGCAAUUGAAUAAAUAAUAGAGUAUUUGCAAAAACCAAUACAAUACGGUUGACACAAGAUUUUUCUAAUCAAAGCAGAAAAUAUCCAGAAAACUUUAUACCACACAGAAGUUGAGAUAAGUGACGGCAUUUCCUAAAAGUCAAUUAAACAAGCUCAUGUAUGUUUGACUGGUACCCUAUGCACUCUAAAUGCAUGUCAUGAUCAGCUGUAGUGGAAAAAUAACGACUCCUCUUUUGCCUUUGGUGUGUUCGGACUUUUACAGACUGUGUUUCUUUAUAGCAUUGAAAGUCUACGCUAGAUUUCCUGUUAACUAGAUCAUGCAUCGAUCCGGUAAUCCUUUACCCAAACUCAAUAACUCUAAAGUGAGGAGUCUUUCCUCUGUUCAGGAUGAUUGCGACUCAGGUUCUGAAUCUUUUUCUUGACACAAAAAAGAGGACGCUGUAUUUCUCCUUUUUUGGUAAUUUGAUAAGCAAAUCAAAAGCACAAUAUCGAACAAAACUGCCAUUUUUUCACUUCUACCUUUUCUCGCAAGUGACAGAAUUGCACUCCAAUUGAUCAAACUUCCUCGAAAAACUCUUUAACUUUGUUUUCAACCACUGCCAAGGGCCGUUUGGGCAUCACAGUUACGCAAUUUAUGAAAUACGAUGAUAUUUUUGUACUGCGUCAUCAGGUAUUCAUUUGAUUUCCCUAUCUGUCUCGUAAUCUUUUUUUUUUUCUUUUCAACACUUACUCUGUUGUUAUGAGUUGAGGAUGGAACCCAUUUUUUGUACAUAAGUACAUAGGCGUGUAUAUACAUAAAUGUGUAUAUAUUCUGUGUGUACAACCCAAAAUGAAAAUGAUCAAUUAUUGAGCAUUUUGUGAUUGUUACCUGGGGAAUAACUGUCAGAAUAUGUAUUGAAGAAAAAAAUAAGAAAAAAGACAUAUUUAACCACAUGACCAACAGGUCGGGUUCGAGCAUCAGUUCACUUUGUGAAGCUCUCUGAAUACAUGUCUUCUCAAACAUCCAACCAUCGUCAAGUUUCACGGUAUGUUUGCGCACUCUGAAAUUUAGAGAUACUGUAUGAAAAGCCAUACAGCAGCAAGUGGUGGAAAUGGAUUUCAUUGAUUUCUUGGCCAGACCGGGAUAAGUGGUCUGCUAAUAAGCACAUACAAAGCACUGAAUGUAUCAGAUCCAUUCUUCAGGGAGAGGAUAAUGAGCCAUGGUCAUCAUUUCUCCAUCAGAAUGUAACACGCCCAUUUUUAAGUCGCGAGUGACACCGAGAGAAGGGGAGUGUAUUCAGUUUCCUGGAGUGUGUGCAUGUGCAUGUGUGUGUGGAUCAAGCUCAGUCAGAUACAGGAAAGGCGUGGGUAGGCCAUUCACUUCCUGCACUGCUCGCCCAACUAUGGACAAACGUCACGGUGUUUAGUUUUUUUUAGGGAUAGAAAUAGCUUUCCUGUUCCACUCUUGAUAAACCGUGUGCCAUUCCACCGAAGGUCGCGGAGCAAUCGGCGGGUUACAACUCAUGGGCAACGAUGUAAAUUAGACACAAAUACAUGACAUCACUACACAGUGCAUGUAAAGUACAACAAAUGGGAUCAAUUAACUGUAAAAUUCUGCGUGUACAGAUUGAUAUAUGACUAAGACCUGAAUGUAUUGUACUUGGAUUGUUGCUGCACAAAUGCAAUUCUCUUUAUAGAAAUAGGAUCGACCUCAACCCUGAUUAAUUAGGGUUGAGGUGAUUCCAAGUGGUCCCGAGUUGUCUUGCUGGUUUCUUGUCCUGUUUUCUACUGUGUAGACGGGAGGCACGCUGCACAUACGGCCUGGGUUCGAGAAAGAAGAAGCUAGGUUAUCUAAUACUUAUGUAUAACGAGUCAAGCAUUCUGCUAAAGGGUGUGUUCAGAAAGAAGGCGAAACAAUUUCUCAACGUGAGCCAUUUGCACAAACUUUCCUUUGACCCCUAGUGUUCCAGUUUUGUCUUAGCGAGUAUCUAGAAAUGGGAGCCCUGACAGCAUGUAUGAGAGUGUUGUUAUCCCUUUUGUAACAAAGCUCUGCCUUUUCAGUCUUCUACAUCGCUUCUGCAAUUGCGCAGCGAUUUAACAUCCAAAUCCACAUUCACUAGCAGGUUGUUUAGCAUUCGGUUUGAACACACGCCGCCAAAGGAUGUCUUGACUUCGGUCUUGGGCACAAAGCUAUGUUUUGUGAUCUCAUGCAUUCAAGACGGAGCAUUGUUUAAGUCAUGAAACCAGUUUGUCCAAAGAUGUUUCAUGCUCUUUCGGUGUCGUGUAAAUAAGAUAACAAGACGGAUGAAUGGAGCGCCGAAGCUAGAAAAAUGAGUAUCUUCCUGGCUUACUGGUUUGCUUUGGUUUUAACAAAUACUUUUGACUCAUCUGGUGAGAUAAAAAGAAAGCUUUUCUUUCCGUAUGGUCAUUGUAUGAUCUUUUUAUUUUUUAAAUAACCAACCUUAUUAGUGUAGCUUAAAAGUGAAAGAGAAAGUACCUGUAACAAACUUUAGAAACUUGCUUAUCAUGCAUGCAACUCCAAUUCAUAUCUUGGGAAGAUAACUGAAAAAAAAAAAGAUAUUUUGCAAACUUACUUAGAGCUGCCAACUGCUCAUUUUAGAGAUGACAUUAUGCUAUGUGAGCCUACAUUUAAAAGAAAAAAGUAACAAAAAAAGUCAUCAAAGACUUCAGGUGUUGUAUGGCCUUGGUCCCAUAAUGGAAUGUGAAAUGUUCUGUGCUGCCACAAAAUGUAUUUAGGCUUAGAUUUAUACUGUAUAUCUCUGUAUGUUUCUCUUCCUUUUUCAAUAGAUUAUCAUGUUAAAACAUCAAAUAAAUUAUAUACACUGUACCCGUCUACCUGGUAUUGUACGCUUGCAUGACACUCCGAAAGGAAUCAUAUCAAAGUUGUUCAAUUAUGGGGAAACUUGGGGAUAAAUCCACACAUCAUUUGUUUCAUUAGUUCAGUUGUCCACCUGCCUGCUUGAGUCUUCCCUUUUUAAUUGGAUCGUGAAUAUGAAUCCGAACUAGUCCACAAAUCUGUUCCUGUUUUCCUUCCAAAGACUUUUCCUCACUCUGGCAGAGGCUUUAGAGGAAGAGAGACGGGCUUUAGAGGAAGCCCUCAACUUUGAUUUGUCAUUUUCACAGAGACGGUUUCCUACUAAGGCUAAUGAUUAUAAUGAGGCCGUUAUAAGGGGUCAAAUCCACCAAAGGGACCUACAAAGAGCUAAUUUUGGUUUCAUCAACACUCACAGCUCAUUUGCACAGAGUGGAGUAAAUUAUACGGUGUUCCGAUGUAACUGUGGAUGCUCAGCAAGGCAUCAUAUUAGAGCGAGGCGACGACAUCUACAUACUGGAAAUGAACACAUUUUCCUACCACAGAAAGGUGAUAAAUGUAUUUAUAGUUUGGAUUCUUCCAGAAGUGAUGCACAAAGUACAAUCCUUCAUUUGUCGAAGCUUUCACCAUCAAAAUUAUAAACACUAGGGCUGUUGAAAAUAAUUAUUUUUCUGAUGCAUCAUGAUGCAAACAUGAACGAUUCUGCAUCGAUGCAGUGAAGGGACAUAUUUUAUGAUCAGUAAUUAAUGUAAAGGUCCUUACACACUGGGAACGACGCAAAUAUAGGACGCGAAAUUAUGAAAUAUUCAGAGGCGAGUCAUGAUAGCAUGUACUGAGUCGGGGCCAGUACCAGAUAAGCACAUUAAACUAUAAUCCAUAAACAUAAGGUAACAACCGAGACCUAAUGGUGCUGUGACAGUAACGUGAUUGAGUUUGAGACAGUAAAAAUACAUAUGGUAUGUUGAAUCUGAACAGGUUAGCUUACAAGCUAAAGUUACUUAGCACAGAUGAACGUUAAAACAAAGACGUUUAGCAAACUGUUAAAGCACACAAACCAUCAUCAUUAUGAGAAAUCCGACACUAUGACUCUCCACAAGUUGUUCUUCAGGUCGUUAUCUUUGUAGUAUUUGUGUCUUUUAUCAAAAAGCACUCUGUUCUCAGACACGUAAACAAUCAGCCGGUCGGCCAUGUUGGAUAUACCAGUAAAUCUGACGUCGCAACAACACGCAAUCUGAUUGGUCAGAAGUGGACGCACAGUAUGCGAAAUUUUAGAAAAUUCGACCAUGAUACGAAAAGAUAAAUGCCGCAAUAUCGCAGGACAGGAAAACUAACUAUAACUAUAGUGAGCUAGAUAGCUGUUUUUAGCUAGAUAACAAAAACAGAAACCGCUUUAAGGCAGCUGACAGUAACCAUGAAGGGACAAAUUACUGCAGAGAGCGACAGCAAAACAAGGAAGAUGCUGGAAAGCGGCCAAUUUCAAGAGCAGCUGAUUAAGAAAAGCUCCUGGUAUGUCAAAAGCGGAUAUCUGGGUUCAUUACGGAUUGUACGAACUAAUUGGAAAGCAAGAACUUUACAAGACGCAUCUAAUACCAUGAAAAUACCACCAAUGUGAGAAACCACAUUAGCCGUUUCCUCCCAGUAAACUUAAUGCUAAUGGAACAGCAGACUCAGCCCGAACAAAUUGUGAUAGAUCGAAUCAGAUCGAAUCAUGAGACCAGUGACUUAAUACUAAAAAGGCUUUUCUUAGAGGUAGGCCUUUUUUUCGAACACUCCCUGUCACUAAAAUCGUUUAUAUUUCUGUACAAAGCUAGGCCCCGAUUCUCUUAAUCUAGUAAUCAUAUCAAGCUCCUUCAUACCCGGGUAAGGCAAAGUCAAACCAGCCUUCCACGAUGGUUCGAUGUAUCCAUUUUCAAACCCCAUUUGACUUAUCUUGUCAUGUUCGAAAUUAGAACCGGUGUUGACAAAACCUUUAACGUGAUAAGUCUCUGGCGCUCCCCUCUGAGAGGAAACUGCAUAAUGGGAAUCCCAGUGUGGGAUCGCCCCGUCCUGCGUUCAGGUAGAGAAAAUAUAGAUUAGCUAUAUUGCACACUAUUUAUGCAAAAUGGCUUAAGGAAACGCUGAGCGUGGCUUUUCGUUUCCUCCUGCCCCUGUACAAUCUAGAAGUCCCUUGGGGUACAUAUGAUAGACUUUUAAUCUCUUACCUUUAGAGCCUUUGUGAUGUAUAUAAGCGUACCCACCCUAAGGUAUAGUUUAUCAUUAAAGUAAUCAUUAAAGAAUAUCAUUGUUCAGCAGUUUAAGGGGCGCUGUGUUUGUUAAGGAGACAUUCUGUCAGUGGUGCUGUUUCAGAUUAUUAGGUGUGGCCAAUUAUGGGGGUACAAAGGAACCUGGAGCCUGGUUAGUUCUGGGAUUCAAUAAUGACGACGUCUUGAAAGAAAAAGUGGGUUAAGCAUCUUGCUAUUUUUGCAACUGGGUGUCAGAAGCUUCGCAAAAAAGUUUAAAAUAGCACAUCAAGUCGAUAUGUUUGUUUAUCCAGCCGUGCCUACCUGCCUAACUUCCUACUCACAGUACACACAGUUCUCGCCUCUGUACCAUCCCAAUCAAAGACACCAAAGCACAGAGCUGCGACAGACUCCUUCUGCUGUCAGAUAGUUUCUUUCUCAUCAUCUCUGCACUCAGUCUGACUGCGGAAUAACUUUAACUAUUGGAAAAACCAGGACUAGGUUUCACAUAAACAAACAGACGAAUGAAGGCCUGGAGGCUGGAGCUGAGCUACAACCCUACUCGCUCCCUUGCUUGGGAGUGAUUAGGUCCUUGCAGGGUUGACAGAGAUAUUGAUAGAUAACCUUGGGCAAACAAAAUGCCAACUCACUAAUAAAAAGCACACGCGGGGGCCGUAAAGCAAAAGUCAACCAAAGGUUACUGGAACAAAAAAAACUGUAGAUUUUUAUGGGCAGCAGUCUCGCUCUCUGGCUUGUUAUCCAUCAUUUAGAUCUUCUGUGCUCAGUUUGUGGACUUUAAUUAAGAGCUUUUAAAAUCCAUAUCAAGUAAAUAAAUGAAGGCGUAACAUAAUUAUUCGGCAGUGUAAGGUAAAGACUAAUAUCUCGUGACAAUAUUAUUGAUGAAGACGGUAAAAAACAGUCGCAUUACUCUGAUGGGAAAUACAGCUGAUACAUAAAAAGCUGUAACUGGAGCAUUUUAGCACAUUUCUGCUGCAUGAGGCUUUAAAAGUUUUCCCAGACAGGAUAAAAAGUUCAGAUUGAUCUCAGGGGAAAAAUUUAGGAAACGCUGCUUCUUGACCCUCAAGGAUUUUUUACAUGAAAGGGAAUUAAAAUUCUGUCCUACAUUUUGAUUUUUCAGGGGACCAAGACGAAGAAGACGCCUACAGGUGCACCUCAACUAAUUAGAUCAUUAUAAAAAGUUCAAUAUUUUCAUCACUUUUUAAAGAAAAAUGUCCAGAUAACAUGUUCUAGACUCAUUGUAUGUGAACUGAAAUGUAGUUAAUGUUGAUCAUUAUGGCUUACAGCAAGAGAGGUGAGGCACAGAAUCCAAAUUCAGAGAAAAUUUAUCAUAAUUAAAACAAAAGCGGCUUGAAUUUGUCCAUAUCAUGAAUACAGGAAUAUUUUUAAAAUUGAAUUAUUUAAUAUAUAUACAUGUAAACGUAUUUAUCAAGAUGCAGCAAGAUGAAAUAAAUCAACUUAAACAUCACACAGCCAAACUGUAUUCCAAAACAGGCCCUCAGCGGUUGCAUAGCAACAGCAGCUUCCACAGCCUGGGCUUUCUACAGACAGUCGAUGUGUUUGGAGAUGCUUGUUGGCAUCCCAUGAUCACACUGUGUCAGCGAACUUCUGAUGGAAAUACGAAACCGUGUGACACGUGUUGUCUGUCAUUUCUAAUUCUCAUCACUCCAGGUUGAAAUUGCUGAGUGCAAAGAUCGAGAUGGCUGCUCAGCCCUUAAUGGCUGACCCAAAUAACCGCCUUCAAGCCCCGAAAACCCACGAGGUGGUGAGAAUCAGCCCGUGUUUCUUGUUGCGAAACUCACUGAAUGAAUUCUUUCUGAUGUCUUCUUUCUUUCUUUUCUCCUCUCCCUGCCUGCCAACUGACAUACUUUCUUUUAAUUCACAAGCAGCCUGGCGAGCAAUGGAGGGAGCGUGGGAGAGAGUGGGAGGGAGAAGGGAAGGAUGGAGCGAGAAAGAAAGUCUGUUUCACCAUCAAAAGACUGUCUUGGAGACUAGGGGGAAUACAUCGACUCUUCAAUGUACUUUUUGAUGAUGCCUUUCUGUUUUAUAGAGUCAAUGAUACACAACAGUUGCAACAGUGAAUUAGCCUACUUCUCCCUUUUUGCUGUUUUCAGCCUCUGUCUCCCUUGAACUCUUUCCAUCAUCCUAAUUUUGUCACCUAUUCAUCCGUCUAUUGCUUGCCCAUUUUCUCUUGCCUCUCAUUAUAACCUGCCUUUUAUUUUGUUAGACAGGCUGCCAGGCAAAGACAUACCCGACAAGACAAUAUUUUGACGGCUCAUCCUUCCCGCAAUGAAACCUUUCUGUCCCCA